UAAAAGAAUCGAACGUUGUUGUUUCUAUUGCCACUGUUUAAAUUGUAAAUAAAUUUGUUGUUGUUGUAAAUUGUGGCACAUCGUGCGUACAGACAAGGAAGGCACACUCAACAAUCGCUGUUGGGCUUUAGGCUUUACGUAUUGCAUUUGGAGCGUAUUCCCGUUACAAGACUCGCUCUCGAGUGUUGCGGUGGUGCUUUUGUAUUGUGACGUCGUCGUCGUUCAAACGGACGAUAAACGUUGUUGUUUUUGGUUGAUAAAAUUUGAAAGAAGGAGAGGCAAAUCCUUAUUGCAUGUCAUUGUUGUUGCUGUGACUAUUGUUGUUGUUGUUUGCGUGCAUGGGAAAAAUCAAUUAUUUCUGUUAACACUUCGAAAAGAAAAUUGUGGACUCGUUGUGCACUAUUAGGUUGACCUAAUAUUUUCGAUGCGUAGUAUUGUUACUAAAGCGACCGAAACAGUAAACAUAGCGCCCAAUUCAAUGCCAUGGAUAGGGAUGCAGAUAAAAAUAAGGACCCGCCGGCAACACCGGUGGCCGAUUCUACAACACCACCAACACCUGCCGUUCGCACACGUCGCGUAAAUCGAACAGCUGUUUCUGUGACAACUGACAGCAGCACUAAUACCAACACCAACAACAACAACAGUAGUGCUGUUGCUGAUGUUAGUGGUGGUGAUAAAAUUGGUGAUAAUGUAGAAAUUAAUACCGAAAAUUUAGAUAUAAAUGUUGAAAUAGAUCCAAAUUUAACCGGGCACUCGCAUGCCACCCAUACCCAAACUGUCACUCGGACCUACACAAAGACCAUUACGAAAUCGAUUGCACAUAGUACCAGUUCUGAAACGGAGUAUAUAUGGGAGGGUGAUUUAAUAAAGAGUGCAUCGAAUACCCCGGAAAAACUCAUGAACAUAGAUGAACAAACGGCUGCUUUCAAAGGUGCUUGGAGUGCUGACAACAGUGAUGAUAUAAAUCGUACUUCUGCACAAUCAACUAUAUCGUUUCGUCAAGGUAAUGUGGAACCGAUGUCAGAUGAUGCUGAUGGUAGAGAUUACGAAAUUGAUAUGCAUGAAAUUGAGAAACGUUUACGUAGAGAACGACAACGAGGUCUUGCAGAAAGUGAAGUUUCUAAAUUGGCUUUUCAGCAGGUACGACUACGUGCCAUACCACAAAUUUCCCCUAAGCGUGCUGAAAUACACGAAGAAAUACACAGUGAUAGUCCUUUCAAUGUGAAACUCAAAUCAACUGGUAAGCAUGCCGUAGAUGUUGAGAAUGAAAGCGUCACCAUUGGUAAAUCUCCACCGCAAAGUCCAUUUAAUGUGACAUUACGUACCACUCGACGCACUAAAGUGAAUUCACCUGAAAGCGAAGAACAUUCCAGUCCAUUCAAUGUUACAUUGCGUACCACAACCCGUUCAGGUUUUUCCGAUAAAUUAUUAAAACUUGAACCGAAACUUGCAACUGUUCAGUUUUUGGAUUCCGAGAAAACUGUGCGUGAAGUGCAAACUGCAGACGGUGUGCGUACUAUAGUUACCUCAUCAAUGACUAGUGAUGGCAGCUCGCAUGAGGAAAAAAUUUUCCGCCACGGUGAGGGUUAUAUUUCACCACGUUGUUCGCCACAACGAGAAACUUUUGAUACUAGCUUCUAUUCACCUAGUUUUAGUGAGGCGCGUACUAGGUUCGAAUACGAGGGUUCUGUGCCACGUUCGUUAAGUCGUUCCAGUGGACGUUCUAGUGCAACACCACCACGCAGUAUAGAUAUGACUGCUGGAGGACGGAAAAUUCUUAUAAAACUUGAAAAUGAAAUGGAUACAAGCGAGUCGCAUGAAAUGCUAGAUGAAACUGACACGGUAAGGGGACGUAUAAAGCACUUUGAACAAACACCUGAUGGGAAAAGCACGAACACUUUUGUUGCGAUAGAAACGCCUAGCAGUGUUGACAUUACAGUUGGUAGCAACCCCCGUCGUUGGCAUUACUAUGAACAAUUACAAAAAGAACAACAAAUGGAUAGCGUGGAAUGUCGUAGUGAAAAUGCGGUUAUGGAAACAAAACAACAGCAACCACAGCCCACAAAUCAACAACAACAACAACACCAACAACAGAAAAACGAAGCACCAUGGCAAAAGGUUAAGUCAGGCAAAACAACUACGAAUAUAGUACCAACAGAAGGAUUUGGUAGUGGUGUUUUGACAUGCCAGCCGCAAGGUUCUCCGGCGGAAAAGUCCAAUUUAAUUGUCAAUCCAAAUAGAUAUAUUACAAAAACAACAACAACAACUAUUCGGAAUACAAAUAUCAAAGAAAAUGUCUGUGAAGAUUUCAUUAGAGCAGAUAAAGUAAUUGAUAUAGAAACCGGUGCCGUAAAAAGACCAACCGAUAUAGAUCUAAACGUUGUAAGUAAACAAAUUGAUACCGGGCGCGAGCCUCAAAUAAGUCGUGACGAAACUAGUAUAAAAAGUAGUACGGUUUACGUGCCAUUAAUACAUGAAACACAGAAGAUAGCUAGCACUGUUCUGAGCCCAAGUAGGGACAGUAGCACAUCUUCGACACCGACAACAAGCAGUUCUACUACAGGUGCUAUCAGUAAGAGUUGUAACAGUCAACACACUUUACAACAAAGCACCCACAACCAAUACGAGGAAUUCCAAUCCACAAUGGCAGCCAUAAAUUUUGGACGCAGCAACUCUCACUACGAUACACAUAUAAGGGAGAAGAGAGAGGAGCAAGAGCGUGUUCAAAAGAAGACAUUUACAAACUGGAUCAAUUCAUAUCUUUCGAAGCGUAUUCCUCCGCUUCGAGUUGAUGACUUAAUAAACGAUUUACGAGAUGGAACAAAAUUAAUAGCUCUCUUAGAGGUUCUUUCCGGUGAGCGUUUACCAGUAGAAAAAGGACGAGUUUUACGUCGUCCUCAUUUUCUUAGCAACGCCAAUACUGCUUUACAAUUCUUAGCCAGCAAGCGGAUUAAAUUAGUCAAUAUAAACCCUGCCGAUUUGGUGGAUGGGAGACCACCAGUUGUGUUGGGUUUGAUUUGGACUAUUAUUUUAUAUUUCCAAAUUGAAGAGAACAGCCGCAACCUUGAGUAUUUGGGUCACGGUAUAAGCGGUUCGGUUAGCUCUUUGGAUAGUGUUGGUAAAACAGCCAGCGAUCAAAAAGCUGAGAAAUGGAAGCAGGGAGCCAGAAAAACUUUGCUAAACUGGGUCACGAAUGCUUUGCCAAAAGAUAUUGGUGUUGAGGUGAAAGAUUUCGGCGCUAGUUGGAGAGACGGUGUCGCAUUUCUUGCACUUAUUGAUGCCAUUAAAGCAAAUCUGGUUAAUUUAGCAGAAUUAAAGAAGACUAGUAAUCGCCAACGUUUGGAAACUGCUUUCGAUGUAGCAGAAAGUAAAUUGGGCAUCGCAAAAUUGUUGGAUGCUGAAGAUGUUGAUGUACAAAAGCCGGAUGAGAAGAGUAUAAUGACCUAUGUGGCACAAUUUUUGCACAAGUAUCCUGAACCAAAAGGUGCUUCACGGGAUUCCUCACAUAUACAACAGGAAUUAGAAGAGUUACGUCGUUUCUUGUUGGAGAAAGUAGCUGAAUAUGAGCCCAUGGUUAAUAAUAACUCUUUUCCCCGUGACUUUUCUGAAUAUUUAAUUGCACGUUCAGAAGUCGAUGCGCAUUUGCCACUUUAUAAUCGUAUAAAACAAUUAAUGGAUAGUCAAAGUGGAUUUUUGCAAGUACCACGUCAGAAAUGGGAAAUUAUCACCGAGCUUUGGCAACGAGUGCAAUAUCAAAUGAUGUAUUGGCUAUGGUUGUUAGAUUCUGAAUUGCCUGGUGAAUUUGGUAUAGUUGGCAAAUGGUUGGCUGAAGCUGAGAAAUUACUUUCCGACAAUGAAAUUCCCACCAUGAUGAAUGAAGAAACUGCUUCUGUUAUAAGUAGAAAGCUGGAAGAACAUAAGUUGUUCUUUGCUAAUUUGCCACGUAUAACCGCUAUGUUCGAUAAUGGUAAGCGAUCACCAGAUGUGCAAAAAGUUCCUAUAGAGCAACUGCGUAAUAUGGAGCGACGUCUACAAGAGGUUCCACCUAAAGCAGCUGAGCGAAGAAUUCGUUUAAAGUUUUUGGAGCACAAAUGUUGUUUGAUUGCCUUCCUUAAUUUAGUUGAAAAUAAAAUGAAAGGCUGGAGUGGUAAAUAUGGUUACGAAGACAAAGUAUCUCAGCAAUUGGAGCAAUAUAAGAAUUUCGUUUCACGUAAUAAAAUCUUCCAAGAAUUUCAAAAGGCAUUUGUUGAUAUGCAGCAAGUAGUCGAUGAGUACAAACGUGAUGGCAAAAUUAGUACAAAAGAUGUGACUGAAAUUGAUCGUUUCAUGUUUGAAACAGAAGAACGCUGGAAGCGAGUGUCAAUGGAACUUAAAUGCUGUCAAAAUUCUUUAGAAGAGGUUGUGAAUUGUUGGAAAACAUGGAAUCAGUUAGCACCUGUAUGCGAAGAAUGGUUGAAUCUAGCCGAAAAGAAAGUAGACAGCUCCGAAGAUGAGCGUCUUGAUUUCUUCCAAGAUAUUAGUAUUUGGAAAGACAGAUUCCAUAGUUUAGCUAAUUCUGCCAAUUAUUUAAUUGCUUCUUGUGAAGAAUCAAUUGCGUAUAAUUUGCGCCAAAAGCACGGUGGCUUAUCAGAAAGAUUUGAACGGCUUUUCGCUAACACAAAGCAAUACAUGCAUGCGGGUGAUAUAAUACGUACUCGUCAAGAAUAUAAACAAGGUCUUGAAAAACUGUCUCAGUGGUUGCGCCAUGCUGAGCAGGUACUAGAACAAAGAAAAGUGUUAGGCAAUAUGGAACAAAUUCAGAAAUAUGGCGAUGAAUUGCAAAAACUAGCUGGAGAAAUUGAUGAUAACGAGGAACUAUUUAAAACUAUAAGCAAAAACUUCCAGAGCUUAAUACAGGAUCUAUCUAGAGAUGAAGUCGAUAAAACAAUGAAAAUAUUAAAACAGGAGAAAGAGGCAUUAGUGCGCGUUCGUGCACAAAUACCUACUAAAUUACAUCUUUUCCAUCAAUUGCAAAUUCAGCAGGAGUCCCUUGAGGCGGGUCAAAAAGAAAUUAAUCAAUGGCUUAAUGAAGCUGAAAAUCUGUUGAGCACAUAUACCUUGUCGAGAGGCAGGGAUACUUUAAAUGAAGAGCUCAAUAAGCACAAAAUAUUUUUCUCUCGUACUGUUUACUAUCGUUCUAUGUUAGAAAGCAAGAAUAAAGUAUUCCAGAAUUUGUUGAAAUCAGUAGCUACUGAGAAGAAUAUAGACACGACUCAAGUCGAGCAGAAUAUGCAACAAUUGAACGAGCGAUUCAACUAUGUCAUUCAAAAUGCUCAACAAUGUGAGCAACGUCUGAUGGACACGCUUAAUUGUUGGAACAAUUUCAAUGAAAACGAACGUGUUGUAAGUGAAUGGCUCUCACAAGCAGAAACUAUGCUUACGGAAAAGCAUAUCACUUCGAAGACGGUGAUAGAAACUCAGCAAUACUACUUUGAAAAUGUAAAUGACCGAUGGAUGUACGAUCUGGUACAAUCUGCUCAGGAUUUACUUAAGACUGUACCACCGCCAGAACAACAACCAAUUGUACAAAAAGUUGAAGACCUACAAGCGAAAUGGCAAGCAGUACUUGGUCAAGCGCCUUUGCAUUUAACAAAACUUGAAUUCCGUCUUGAUGAAUCAAACUUCUACGAUGCAUUGAAGGGCGUCGAAAAGGAGUUGCAUUUAGAGCAACAAGCAUUGAAUCGAAAUGAAGAUGUUGAAUCGAUACUAAGGCGAAACGAGAGAUUCUUUCAGCAACAAGAUGCUUUUCCGGUAAUGGAAAAGUGUCUUUCAAAUAUGCAACGUCUGGCUCAACUGUACGGAGCUCAAAAACCAACAGACUCAAGCCUCGAACAAGCUUACAAAAACGCAAGGUCUCAAUGGCAACAUGUUUCUGGUCAGAUCGGUGAGAUGAGCAAAACACUACAGCAAAUACCUGCACAAUGGGAUAGCUAUCAUGAGAAGUUCAAUGAGAUGGUCGAAUGGAUGAAUAUCGUGGACAACAGUCUGAAGAACAUAGUAAAUGAGGUUAACAGUAUGGAAGAAUUUGAAAAGGAGAAGGUGGUUUUCCAGAAAAUCUGUCAAGAAGCAGAUAACAAACGUGAGGACAUGAAGUGGCUUGUCAAGACUUUAGAUUCCUUACUUAGCUAUGCUAGUGAAAUGGAGGCAAAUUUAGAGCAGAAAAAACUGGAGGACUUGAUUGCUCGAUAUAAGAAUCUUAUACCAACAAUUGAAAUAACGAUGGUAAAAACUGAGGUGUUCUCAAAAUGCUACACAUAUAGACGUGAAGUGCAUGAGGUUGUUUGUCUGCUUAGCAAAGUUAAGGAACAGACGGCUAAUAUACCUGCCCCUGAUAGUUUGGAACGCGUUAAUAGAAUGAUUGAAGAACAGCAGUAUGCCAUUAAUCAACUCGACCAUCAGCGACCACACAUAAUGUCUAUGUUGCAACGUGGUCGUGAUCUCAGUAAAGAUGUACAUGCACCUGCCUUUGUGAAUGCUGAAGUGCUCAACCUUGAAACAGGUUGGAAUGAGGCAUAUACCGAAACAGCCGAUAAGUUGCAAGCACUGAAAGGAACCCAAGCUGUAUGGAAUGAAUUUGUCGAUCAGAAAAAUGAUAUUUUCUCCUUGUUACAAGUUGCUGAGACUGAAUUACGUGCGCUUACUCCUCUACAAACUGAUCCUAAAAACGUUAGUCAGGAUCUAAAAGCUAAACGUGAACUAAAUGUACAGUUACAACAGGCCUCGCAGCAGUUACUACCUAAGUUACAUACUCUAAAGGGUGAACUGGCAACAUUAGCAGCUAUUGAAAAGCGUCCAAUACUCGAAAAAGAGGUGACAGAAGUUGAAAAAAUGUUCUUUAAUACCAUGGAGCAUGUGAAAGAUCGUGUUGGGUAUUUAGAAGAUUACAGCACUAAAUGGAACAAUUACAAGUCUCGUUUAGCUGAGUUACAGGAGUGGGCUAAUAAGGUUGCACCAAAAACUAUUGAAACACUUAAAUCAGAAGACCUUACACCCGAAGAGCGUUUACUUAAAGUCAACGUCUUCAAGGGUAUACUAGCUGAGCGUAUGAAGCAACUCGAUUUACUAUCGGCUGAUGCAUCAGAGUUGGCGCCAAAAGAGGGUAAUAUUGCAGAAGCGAAGCGUUUGAAGGGCGAAAUUACAAAACUCCAAGAAGUGUUGAGCGUUAUCAAUCGUAACUUUGAUCAUCAGGCACAGGCUGUACAAGAAGAUUUGGUUAACUGGCAACAAUACCAAGCAGGUUUACAGCAAAUCAAACCAAUCGUUGAGGAAAGUGAAGUCAAGGUAAAUACUAUAGUUCCUAAGCCCAUUACCUUAGAAGAAGCUGUUGCAUUGCAACAAAAUGCCAAACAAUUUGAAACACAAUGCCUCGAGCAAUUAGACAGACUCCAAGGCAUCUCAAACAUAAGUCAUAAAAUGUUAUGUAAAACCAAUGCCCCUGAUGAGUUAGAUGCCAUGCACUCCCGCUGGACAUCUGUUCAUGAAAAUGCAAAACAGGCUAGUUCAAAACUAGAAAAAUUAGUUUCCAAUUGGAAGUCGUUCGAUGCAGAUGCUUCUAAGUUAGAAGACUGGGUAAAUAAAGGCGAAGAACAGGUCAGUAAGCGAUCUGCUGUACUCAGUACUCCAUAUGUAGAUAAGCUCGAAAAAGAAUUAGUUCAACUGAAACUGUUCAAUAAUGAGAUAUCUGAACAGCAAGCCAAACUAGUAGCAUUAAGCCAGUCGGCUGAUCAGAUUAGUUUGCAUUUAGCACCUGAAGGAGCAACUGCAAUGAAAGAUCGCAUUAACGGCAUGAAGGUCAAAUUACAAAAACUGUCAGAAGCAACCCGAGCAAAUAUCAACGACGUUUCAGAUGCCAUAAUGUCAAGACAAGAUUUCAACGCCAAACUCGCAAAUUUCUCAAACUGGAUGAAUCAAUUACGCAAUCAAAUUUCUCAAGUAGAAGAAAUAAAUCCAGAGCGCGUUGAAACGAGUUUGCAUGUCAUUCAUGCGUUAAUGCAAGAGCAUGCCGACAAGAAGCCAAGUUUCAAUUCCAUUUACGAUGAAGUUAAACAACUUGCACUCCAUUCUUCGCCAGUAGAAGCGAAUGCUCUUAAUGAUGCUUACACUUCUCUGGUGGUUAACUAUCAAAACUUAGAAGGUAAUAUGAUGGAGAAGAAAGCAGCUCUAGAAAAAUGGACUGAACUUCUUGGUUGGAAAAAUGAGACAGAAAGUCAUUUAAAUUAUAUUAAGCACCAGUUGGAGAAAGUAGAGGCACCUAACACUCAAGAGUUAUCAAAAAUUAUAAAUGAAAUUGACACAAUUGGAGCGUCAUUGGGAUACUGGAAGGAUCAGGCUAAGGAUAUUGAUGAAAGCACAGCUAUUCAAUUGAGAGAUAUGGCAACGCGAAAACCACUUAUUGCGUUACAGAUCGUUAAUGAUAUUGGUAAUAAAUUGGAUAAUCUCAAAAUGCGUUCUCAAAGUCAAAAACAACAAAUAGAUCAAAUGAAUGUGCGAAAAGAGAAGUUUGUAGCGCUAGAAAAUAAUUUCGGAAAAGCUCUGCAAGAGAAUCGGGACAAACUGAACAACAUUCUGAAGCAAAAACCCAAUUUGAAUAAUAUUGAUCAAAUAAUUGCAGAUCUUAUUGCACUUAAUGAAAUUAUUAAACAUCAAGCCGGCGUAAAGGACAGUAUACACGAUGAAGGAUCAAUAUUAAUGCGAGAAGAUAUUACAAUAAUGCCUGCAAUACAGGAGGGUCUUUUAAUUAUGGAUAAAAACUACGACUCUUUACAAAAUGAAAUAGCUGAGCGCAUUCAGAAAUAUAAUGCCAUUAGUCAAUCACUACGUGAAUAUGCUGAUUCCAAAAAUAAGUUUUCUGCAGAUCUUAAGAAAGCAGAAGAUCUAUUCCGUACAAUUCCACAACAUCCACACGAUGAAGUCGAAUUACAGCAAGCUUUUGAUAAAACCCGCAAAACAAUGGAACAAGUACGAAAGUGUAAAGUAAAUCUUGAUGAAUUUGAGCGCAGAGGAAAUAAUGUUGCAAAACUAUUUGAAGCUAUCGGUGAGAUUGUACCACAAGAAAUUCCAAAUGAUGUCAUUCAUGCUAAAAAACAAUGGCAAGAUUUACAUGACCAAACUGCAAAGAAAUCACAUACUUUCGAAACGGAAACUGUGAUUUGGUCACAAAUAGAGGAUGCAAAGAAAGAUUUGCUCCCGUGGAUAUCGGAAACAAAUCAAGGUCUUAGUGAUGCGGCCGAUAAUACCAUCGAAAUCGAAUUUGGACCCAUGCGUUUGAGUAAAUAUCACUCUGAUCUUCCUACUUACCAAACAUUAAAGGAAACAAUUCGAGAUAAAACUAAUGAAUUAGUGAAAAUUAACAACGGUGUUGAAAUUCCAGCUUUAACUGCAUUGAAUCAAGUGCUUGCGGAUCAAUUUGCUGAACUUGAGAUGAACUCAGAACGCUUAAAUGCUAUAACAUCCUCAUUCAAUGAUCAGGAGCAGAAAUUACGAAAGGAUAUCAAAGCAGUGGGUGAAAAUAUAAACAAACUACGCGAAAAAUUAAUUAAAUGUGACGAUAUGUCUGGAGACAAUUCUAAAAUUAUGGAACGACUACUGGAAUGUAGAGCAUUACGCGGUGAAUUGGGUAAUAGUGGAAAUGAUGUUGACACCAUAAAACAAAAAGUUGAUGAAAUCCGGAAUUUAUAUCCAACCUUCAACGAAUCUAUUAUUCCCAAAGAACUCAAUAAUGUGCAAAAGCGUUUUGAAGGAGUCGAUUUGUAUGCCAAAAAAAUUGAGGGCUCGCUUUUGCAAUUUUUGAAAAAGUUCCACAACGAUAGAGUUGGGGCUUUAAAACGCAUAAUAUCGACUCAACGGGAAAAAGUUACCUGGUGUCAGCCGGAAACAACAAGCGAUAAGUACAAUUUAGAUGUAAAGAAAUCCUCUUUACAAGAAGUAGGAAAAAGCAUUGAUGAUUGCAAAAAGAAACAUGGUGAACUGUUAAAAACUUUGGAAAUGCUUGAAGUGGUUGAAUCGCCCCAAAAUCUUCACGAUUUAAAGAAAGAUGCUGAGUUACUCAACGCUGAAAUGCACAAUUUGCAGGACAGUUUUGACAAAAUAAGAAAUAUUUUGGAUGAAAAUGUCGAUUUGUGGUCGCAAUAUGAACAGGCAAAUGAAGAUAUUUCGUCGUGGUUGCGAGAUGUGGAAGGACACAUCAAAGCGGAGACUAGCAAUCAAAUUGAUAUACCUGGCAUUGAUAAAAAGAUGCAAGAAUUGGUAAUAUUGCAAGGCGAUGUAAAGGCUCAUGAGCCACUUAUCAAUAAUUUAGAAAAAACAUCACAACUUCUAAUAGCGAAGAACCCUGAGGCUCGAAUUGGUCAAUUUGUGACCCAUUUGGUUCAGCGGUAUCAAACUGCUUCCAAAAGCUUAGCAGGUUACAUUGAUAAGAUGAAAGGUGCACAAAAAGCAAAUGUCAGCUUUAAUAAGGCAGUGAAUGAUUUUAAUGAAUGGUUCCAGGAUGCGAAAAUCGAAUUCCAAGAGCUUGCACGUAUGGGAUCACCUGGUUCAUCAUCAGCUACUGCGCAACAACUUAAAACUAUUCAGAACUACAUGAAAGUUUUUGAUAAUGGUCAGUUGCUUUUAAAUAAUGCCGUUGACAUAAGUGAAGCAUUAUACCCAACAAUCACACCUGAAAAUCGGGAAAAAAUACGUUCUGAGCUGCGACAGCUGCGGGAGAACUAUGAUUAUUUGCGUGAUGAAGCCAAUGCUCUUAUGCAGCAAGUCGAAGCGGUGCUCAUUCAAAAGACUUCAAUCGAAGAUAGUUAUACUCAGGUUUCACAUUAUCUAAAUGAAGCAAAGGCAAAGGUUGUCAAAGACGAUGAAUUGUAUCCUACCUUAGCAGCAAAAAAAUCCGCUUUGCGCAACUACAAAACUCAGUUGCAGGAAAUUAAUCUGCAUAAGAAUGCACUCAAACAGCUCCAAGAUAAGGCUGUCACAUUAUGCGAUGAUGAGUCGGAACGUAAAACUGAGGAAUCGAUACAGGAAUAUAAUGAUAUGGUGAAUAAGAUAUCGGAUCGAAUUAACGUAGUAAAUAAUCAAGUAAUGAAACAUGAAGCCUAUGAUCAAGUGUUAGAGAAAGCUCAGGACUGGCUUAAUACCAUUAAAACAGAAGCAGUUGAAAUUUUAAAUGAAACUACUUUUGAAAAAGAAGGCGCCGAAGAGAAGUUAGUUGUCGUGGAAAAUCUACUUCAGCAUAAAUCUGAAGGUGACGCAAUAUUUGAUGCUUGCCAUAAUUUACUAGAAACUGUUAUAACGCAAACUCAUCCGUCUGGUCAUCCUGCACUUUUGAAGAGCUUCGCUGAACCGAAAAAGGCUUGGAAUGAUUUUAUGUUGCAAUGUCAAGAUUCUCUUGUUCAACUAAAACAACUUUGUUCGAAAUGGGACGAAUUUUCAGCCAUUAUCGAUGAUCUUGAUAAUUGGAUGAAGAACAUUGAAGGAAUUGUUAAAAAUCAAAGUCUAAGGAGUACGGCAGAUGCCAAGAAAGCACACCUUAAAGAGUUAGAAAAAAUAGCACAGGAAAUUGAAAAUCGUGGCACUUCCAUAAACGAUCUAAUGGAGCAAGGGCGCGUAAUCGAGGGUGAAACUGAUUUAAAUCUUAAGUUAUCCCGCUUAAAUACCCGCUAUCAAACUCUCAAAAACCUUUGCAGAGAAUCCAUUGUGAAGUAUACCAACUACGCAAAAGAUCAUGAAUUGUUCGAUUCGGAUUACGAACUGUUCAAAAAAGCCGUCCAGGACUCUGCAAAUAAAUUAGCAAACUAUAGUGAAGUUGUAGGUGAUCAAAAUAUAUUGCAAGAACAUCAAAAUAAAUUACGUGAAAUGUCUGAAGAGCGUGUAAACGAUUCCACAACAUUCGAAAGCUUGAUAGAUCGUGGCGAAAAGCUGUAUGGGCAUACCAGUCCAGACGGUCGAGAAAUCAUACGUCAACAAUUGAGAAACUUGCGAACUAUGUGGGAUAACUACACUGAUGACCUAAAUUCUACUAUACAGAAAAUCGAUCACUGUCUCUUGCAGUUCAACGAGUUUACGAUUGCACAGGAUCAAUUAACAAAAUGGUUAAAGGAUGUUGAUAAGGCAAUGCAAAGCCACACUGAACUCAAAACUUCAUUGCAAGAGAAACGUGCGCAACUGCAGAAUCAUAAAUUAUUACACCAGGAAAUUACAACGCAUAAUGUUUUGGUCGAUAAUGUAUGUGACAAAGCUCAAAUUUUGAUUGAGCAAAUAAAAGAUAAUUCCUUAAAUGUUUACUUGCAAUCCAUUAAGAAACUUUUCCAAAGCAUUGUACAGAAAUCUGAUGAAAUACUGAAAAACCUUGAAGAUUGUGUCGAUAAGCACGCACAGUUAAAUAACCAAAUCGCGACUGCCAAAUCUUGGAUAGCGACAGAGAAAGAGAAACUUCUAGAAUGUGACGAUGCUUAUGGUGAAAAAACGGAUAUUAAACGGAAAAUUGAGACAUUGGAGCAAUUAGCACAGAACAAACCACAUGCACAGAAACUCAUGGCAGACAUACGCGAGCAGUUGGUAAGCAUACAACCCACAACUUCCGAAAAAGGAAAUGGAAUUCUUGAAAAGGAGGUAGAAGAAUUAGAAACCACAAUAAAAAGUCAUUUCGAUGACAUUGAAGGCAUCGAGGGUAAGCAGAAGGAUGUACUGCAGCAAUGGAAUAAUUUUGAAAAAUCAUUAGAAGAGUUGUCGAAAUGGUGUCGUACAGCCGAAAGUGUUUUCCGGGAGCAACAGCUACAAUCGACACUUCAUGAAAAGUUUGAGCAGUUGGAAAAGUACAAAAUUCAACGUGAUCUCAUCAUGCACAAAGAAAAAGAAAUUGACGCAUUUGCCGAUACUGCUCACGCGCUGCUCAAUAACUGUGGAGCAGAGCGUUUAAAAACACUUGCAUCUCAAAUAACCAAUCGCUAUCAAUUACUGCAGGUGCUUAGCAAAGAAGUUGUCAAUCGUUGGUCAAAUUUGGUGGAUGAUCAUCAAAUUUAUCAAGAUAAAUACAUUGAAGUAGACUUGUGGUUAAAACCGAUUGAGAAACAAUUGGAAAGUGCACUUAAAGACGAACCAUUACAGUCAGCAAAUAUUUUACAAGUCCUAUUGUCUGAAAAGGAACAAGCUGACGCUCUAUUUGUUGCAUUAAAUUCUGCUGGGGAAAAAGCUUUGCCAGAAACAUCUACUUCUGGUCGUGAGAAAAUACGUAAGGAAUUACGAGAUAUAAGAGAUCGUUGGGAUAAAUUGGAUGAAGGCAUACGUAGCUUGCAGAAACGGCAGGAAGCACAAACUGUACAGUUGUCUAGCUAUCAUGAUAUACUUAACCAAACGCUUAAUUGGCUAGAUCAAAUCGAAAAAGUAUUGCAGAAUGAAAAUCCUACCACAUGGACUAAUGCUCAAGAGAUUCGUUCGAAAUUAUUUAAAUACAAAGGCACAAUGCAAGAUAUAAAUUCACAUAAACGAGUUGUAGAAUCUGUAAAUGAAAAGGGUGGAAUUUUACUUGAAAGUGCAGUUGCAGGCAAUGCAGCUGAAAUACAAAAUGCUAUCUCUGACGUUAAUACACGUUAUGAAAAGGUGUCAGCUGACUGCACUAACUUACUUGGUAAGCUCGAAGAAGCUUUUGAGGUAUUCCAGCAAUUCAGUGAAUUACAAAAAGCUCAACAGGACUACCAAAAGAAUUUGUGGGAUCGACUUACUGGCUACUCUGAUUAUUCAGGAAAUAAAGUGGCCUUACAGGCACGUCUCAACAAAAUAAUUGAUAUACAGGAUGGUCUGCCAAUUGUAAUAUCUAAAUUAGAAGCUCUUUCAGAACAUAUCGAACAAAAUGCCGGCUUGUUACCCGCACGUUCUAAGGAAGCCAUGGCACGUGAUUUAAGUAACUUGAAGGUUGACUUUGAGAAGUUUAAUAGUUCUUUGAGUGACGUAAAAAGUGGAUUAGAAAACCGAUUGCAACAAUGGAAUGAUUAUGAAGUAAAUUUGGAUCGUCUAAUCACAUGGUUGAGUGAAGCCGAGAAUGCACUUAAAAACUACAAUCCAAAAUCUACAUUGGAAGAGAAGGAAGAGCAGCUACAACGCUUCCAAACAAUUUUGCAAAAUCUUCGUCAGAAUGAAGUUGAGUUUGAAAAAAUUAAAGAUGACUCUUCCGAGUUAAUACAAAGUUCUGGUGAAACAAGGAUUGCAGUAAACGUCCAACAAGUAACUUCCCGUUUCCAAUCAAUUCAAACUACAACUAAAGAAAUACUGAAGAAAUGCGAGCAAGCCGUUCAGGAUCACCAACACUUCAAUGAUAAGUACAAACAGUGCUCAGAUUGGAUCGCUAGUGCGCAAGGAAAAUAUGAUGACUGUUGUGAUUUGUCUCAACUUGGUUCUCGCGAUGAUUUACUGAAGAAGCAAACCGUUAUUCAGGAAUUAGUGGCUCAACAGCCAACCGCGACUUUACUGUUGAAUAAUACUAUUGAGUUAGGUGAGAAGUGUUAUGGGUUGACUGCUACUGAUGGUCGUGAAGCUAUUCGUUCCCAGCUUGAAGAACUACAACAAACAUUUGAUCAACUGUUUGAUAAUAUUGUUAUGACCUCAAGACAAAUGCAAGAUAAGAUGUCCAAAUGGUCAGGGUUUGAUGAAAUCGCCAAGAAGUUGCAGACAUGGUUGAUUGAAGUUGAAAAGACACUUCCACCUCACAUAGAAUUGAAAACAACUUUAGAUGAAAAACGUGCGAUGUUACAGAAUUAUCGCGACAUUUUAAGUGAUAUUAGUAAUCAUCAAGUAGAGGUUGGUAAUUUACAAGAUAUAGCAGCAAACUUGCCGGAAAAGACAGAGCAUGUAGAGCAAAUCACAAAAGAUAUUACGGACCAAUUUGGAAAACUGCAUAAAAGGGUUAAAGAUUAUGUUGAACGUUAUGAGGGUAUUGUAAGCGCCCAUCAAUUAUAUUGCAAAGCAGUGAUGGAUGCUCAAGAAUUCAUUGAUGCUACUCACAACACAAUAAAUUAUUGGGGAGACUUGGACUUGGAACAAGUGUCAUUACAUACAAAUCUCGAUCGUUUGAAGAAUUUAAAAGACAGUUUGGCAGAUGAAUUCCCUCGAGUGGAUCAAGUACGUGCAUUGGGCGAGAAAGUUAUACCCGGCACAGUAGAUGUUGGACAAGUGAAUAUUAAAACUCAAAUCGAUAAUACACAGCAAGAGUGGGAAAGCCUUAUUGCUUCGGUCACUUCUACAAUUGAAGCAAUAGAAAAUCGCCUGCAACAAUGGGUAGACUAUGAACACUUAAGAGAUCAGUGCUUGACAUGGCUACGUGAUACUGACUACAAACUACAUGCCAUUGAUCUGAAACCUAAUUUGAAUGAGAAGAAGUCGCAAUUGGAAGAUCUAAAAACAUUACAAGGUGAAGUUCGAGCUAAAGAGUUGGAGAUUGAUAAUGUGUCAGAAAAAGCACAACUGUUGUUAAAGGGACCUUCAAGCGCACGUUCCUUUGGUCCUGAAUUAGUCACUAAAUAUCAACAAAUUUUGCACAAAGUGAAAGAGCUAAACAACCGUUGGCAGCAGUAUGUAACAUCUCAUCAAGAAUUCGAUAACUCUGUGUCAGAAUGUACUGCAUGGAUAAAUAGAAUUAAAGAGAAUCUUGAUUACUGUACAGAUUCAUCGCUUAUGAGUCAGAAAGAUUUGGAGAAGAAGCUAUCUAUCAUACAAGAUGUAAUACUACUAAAAGAUGAAGGCUCUGCAAAAGUGUUGAGCAUCGUAGAAUUAGCUCAGAAUGUGUUAGCUAAUACUGCACCUGCUGGUCAUGCUGCCAUUAAUAAAGACUUGGCAGACCUUCAAGAGUUAUGGUCAGUUAUAGCACUACGUAUAAUUGAUGUCAAAGCUAAUUUAGAUGAUUCCAUUACACAGUGGUCUGGCUUCUUGGAGCAAAUCGAAAAUGUGAACAAGUAUAAUAAGUCCCUUGAAGACACAUUGAAAGACUUUUCUGAAUUCCAAACUACCAUGACAGAAAAGAGAGCACAACUAGAUCGUAUCAAAACUGCUGAAGAAAGAUCUCGAGUUGAAAAAAUUGAAGUAGAUGCAUUGAAAAUUCAAGCAAAGGAAAUGAUAGCAAGUGGACAACAAAGUCAAGCUGCUUUCCAAGCUCAAAAAGUGCUAGACAAAUUUGAUGAACUAGUUUCUAGAAUUCAGAAAUUGUUAUCUGAACGUCAAGAUCAAUACAAAGAUCACCGAUUAUUCAAAGAAGCUUAUGACGAUUUGGUUGCAUGGAUAAGCCGCGCUCGUGAGAAAUUCCCAGUGCUGAAACAGGGCACUUUGAGUGAUAAACUUGCUAUAGAAAGUGCUGUUCAAGCAACUGAAGCAUUGCUAAACAAACAAGCUCAAGGUGAGUUAUUAGUUGAGCAUUUGGUUCACACUGGAGAUGUUGUUUUAGCUAGCACCUCUACACAAGGUCAAGAAAUUAUCCGAAAUGAUAUUCGCAGCCUACGUGAUAACUUUGAAGCACUGUUUAGAGAAAUUAACCAACAGAAAGAAGGACUUGAGGUCACUAUGGUACAAUGGCGAGCAUACAAAGAAGAAUACGAUCGUCUCAUUGAGUGGUUACAGCAAAUUGAUAUAUUGGUGAAAAAUCAUAAACUUAAUUUGUUACCCAAUUUGCCAGAAAAAGAGAAACAAGUGGCAGAUAUGAGGGAUAUAAUGUCGCGAAUAGAAAAAGGAAAAAAUAAUAUUGACAAAUUCAAUGCAUCUGCUGCGAGUCUCUUAAAAUCGCAUCUCGAUUCAUAUGUAAAUAAUCAAUUAAGGCAUUUGAAUUCAAUGUACCAGGUACAGACAAAUUUGGCAAAGGAUGUACUUAAAAAGGUCGAGACCAAUUGUGAUCAACAUCGUGAAUAUAAUACAAAUGUUAAAUCAGCACGGGAUUGGAUUAACAAUGCCAAGGAUGUGAUUCGUGAGUGCACUGAAGCUUCAAAUGCAGCGUCAAAAGAUGUCUUACAAAGACGUCUAGAAAAAAUACACGAUCUAAUAAAGAAUAGAGAAGUUGGUCAAAAUCUAGUGCAUUCAGCUAUAAAUAAUGGAGAAAAAGUUGUUAGAAAUACAAGGUCCGAUGGCCGCGAUGUUAUCAAUAGUGAAAUGAAAGAAUUACAAAAUGACUGGGAUCGUUUAGUUAAGAAGUUAUCGACAGCUAAAGUACAGUUAGAGACAAAUCUAUUACAAUGGGCUGAUUAUAGUUCCAGCUAUUCACAGUUACAACAAUGGAUUCAAGAUAGAGAAGCGAAACUUCAACAGGCUUGCGAACAAAAAAUCGUUAAAUCGAAGAAAGGUCAGCCAGGUCUUAGUUCUGGCUUAAGUGAACGCAAGGCAUUCUUAAGACAAACAAAUAAUAUUGUGCAGGACAUUGUAUCCUUUGAACCGAUGAUACAAUCAGUAACAUCUAAAGCGUCCGAUUUACAACAGGGUGCGCCAGCAACAGAGAUUUCAAAUAAAUAUGAAACGUUAACAAAACAGGCUAAAGAUUUGUAUGACAAGCAAAAGAAUACCAUUGAUCAAUACCAGGCGCUUAUUGAUGCUGGAAGUGAAUUUGCUGCAUGGUUGCGAAAUGCAAAGGAACGAUUAAGUAAGUGCUCUGAGCCAACCGGUGAUAAGCAAGCUUUGGCUGAAAAAACUCACCAACUGAAGAUUCUACAAAGUGAAGUUAGCGAAGGACAAAAGAAACUUGAAGCGGCUUUGGCUCAAGGGGAGAUCGCUUGUCGUAGCGCAGAACCUGAAGACCGUGAAAUUAUAGAAGAAGAAGUUGCUUUAUUACAAGAAGAAUUCGAUGCUUAUGUUGAUGCAUUGAAAAAAGCAAAGGAUUAUCUAGAAAUUGGUAUCGUGAAGUGGUCCGACUACCAAGAUCAGUACGCUGAGGCACUUGAAUGGUUGACUAAAACAGAAGCUUUGGUUCAGUCAUACAAUAAAUUACAGGAAAAUCUUGGUCAAAAGAAGAAUGUUCUCGAGGAGUUCCAAGGGCAUUUACAAACAUUGUUCGACUGGCAAAAAAUAUUGGAUCAUUUAAAUAUGAAAGCACAAGUUUUGCUGGAAACAUGUUCUGAUACGCGCAUAAGUAACGCUAUAAUGCAACUCACUACUAAAUAUAAUGCGUUGCUAAUAAUUGCAAAGGAAGUUAUGCGUCGUCUUGAAGUGCACUAUCAAGAACACCAACAACAUCACACAUUGUACGAGGAAUGCCAAUCAUGGAUUGAAAAUACGCGAGAAAAGCUUUUAGAAUGCAAAGUAAUACCGGGAACUUUGAACGAAGUUCAGAUAAAACUCAACACUGUCAAGAACUUAAGACAGGGCUUUGAAGCUGGUCAAAAUAAGUUACGUUACUUAUUGGAGCUUAAAGAAAAGGUAAUAAUGAAUACUGAACAAAAUGGUGCAGCAAAGAUACAGGAAGACACAGAGCUAUUGAAACAAGACUUUGAAAAACUUUUAGUUGAUUUGAAUGAUGUACGCCAACAACUUGCAAAUAGAUUAGCCGAACUUGAAGAGAUAUAUAAGUUAUAUAAACUGCUUACUGAAUGGCUUGAAGAUAUCGAACCGAACUGUAAAGCCAACUUUGAAUUCCUUAAUGAUCUCAGCGAAAAACGUGCUGCACUCGAAAAAUUCCGCGCCAUACAACGCGACAUAAACGGACAUCACGACAUAAUGGAAAAAAUUAAUCAACGCCUAAACGAAGACAACAGUCUUGACCGCAACGACUUCAAAGAUGGUCUUAACAAAUAUGAAGCGUUACAAACACUUCUCUCAAAUAUUAUCGAGUCUCUCGAGAACCAAGUCAAUAGUCAUGAUAAAUAUAAGCAAGCAUCUAAUGAAAUACAAGACUGGUUGCGCAAGACACGCAUUGAUCUCGAGCAGUGUUCUGAUUGCCAUGGUGAGAAACAAAAAGUGGAGGACAGUUUGAAAAAAUUAGGCGACAUCGACGUCACAAUGUCCGAAGGCAGUUAUUUGUUGGACGCAUGCGAAGAGUUAAGCAAAGCUGUAAUUAGCACAACCAGUUCUGAAGGUCAAGAUGUUGUCUCACAAGAGAUCAGACAAUUGACAAAUGAGUGGGAAACAUUGCAAGCAAUAUCACGUGAUGCGCGCUCGAACUUGGAGUCCUGUUUGACAUCGUGGAACGCUUUCUUGCAAAAAUUCAACAAAAUCAAUCAAUGGAUCGAUUACAUUAACAAACGCGUUGCCAAAGCCAGCGAAGAGGAAAACAAAACGCCUGAAGACUUGGUUAACGCCAAGAAACUGUUGGAAGAAGUCGUUGCUGAAAAAGAUACAGUUGAAGAAUUGAAUGAUGCUUGUGAACUACUCAUGGAACAUAGUGCUUGCUCAAGAGUACGUGAUCAAACUGUCGAAACUCAAGCCAAUUACACGAAACUAUUAACAGCUGCUCAAGGUCUGGUUGCUAAAAUAGAGAAAAAUCUAAUGGAUCAUACAGAAUUCUUGAAUUACAAGAGCGAAAUGGAUGCAUGGAUACAGAAAGCAUAUGAGAUCUUGAAUGGCUGCGCUAAUGACAGUGACACCAAAGCUAUUGACUUACAGUUGGACAUAGUUAACUCUCUUUCUGCUCGUUUACCCGAAGGUCAGCACUUGUUGAGUAUGGUACAGAAUGCUUACUCGAAAGCAUCGAAUAUUACACCAGAAGAGAAACAGGAAAAAUUGCGUGAACUUAUGACGAAAGUACGCGAAGAUUGGGAUGCACUUGGUUUAGCAAUUAAACAGAAGUUGAAUGAUUUGAAACAAAUCCAAACCCGAUGGGCAGAUUUCUCAGCCAAUAAAGAUAAAUUGGAAAAAUGGAUUAAUGCCACUGAAAACAUGCUGAAAGUUGUGCCCGAUACAAAGAGCGAACUAAGUGAAAUGAAAACGCUAGUGGAACGCUACAAGUCACUACAAAAUGAGAUUAAACAGAAGGGUGUUGAUAUAGACAGUUUGUUGUCCGAGGCUAAAGAAUUGUCUACAGACGUUGACAAUAUACAUCAAAUGCAAGCGCGUUGGGAGAAAAUUAAAAAUGAUUGUCUCAAUUAUAUUCGAGAUAUUGAAAAUGAAAUGGCAGACUAUAAUGCCUACCACCAGAGUCUCCAAGAUGUUGAGAAAUGGUUGCUUCAAAUAUCUUUUCAACUCAUGGCGCAUAAUUCGCUUUUCAUAUCGAAUCGUGAACAAACCAACGAACAAAUCUUGCAACACGAAGCACUUUUGAACGAAAUUCAGAAAUAUCAGUCGAAUUUAGAUGAUUUGAACGCCAAAGGUCAAGGUCAAAUAAAACGUUACGAACGCACAACACCUGCGAUACGUGACACUGUCGAGUCACAGCUGAAAAAUAUACAAGACAGUUACAAUUCACUUUUACAAACUUCAAUCCAAAUUAAAAAUCGUCUUCAUGAAUCUUUAGCUAAGUUCCAAGAAUAUGAAGAUACCUUGGAUAGCAUAAUGCGCAACUUAGAACAAUAUGAACCAAUCAUACAAACCGAACUGGAUGCACCAGCAAUCAACUUGGAAAUGGCACAGAAUCAACUGAAAUGUGCACAAAACAUGCAAAACAAGUUGAACUUUGAGAAGACACGUCUUGCCUCAGCCGUCCAAGCAUGCGAAGCUGCUACAGCAUCCAUAAGUCGCCCUAGUUCCCCAUUGGAAACAGCCAUGCAAACAAUACCAGAACGCGAAUUGGUUGUGCGUGCCAAAUUGGAAGAUUUACUUGAUCAGCCGCUUAUGCAAAAAGCAGCUCAAAACUCAACCAACAUCUUUGGUACCGAUGAUGAAGAUGUUGAUACUGAGUUAUCCGAUAUUAAUGAUGCUUUCCUGGAUGCACUUGCUCACGACCGUAUUCUCGGCUAUCGCAAGAUAAUACGAUCAAACAGUGAGCACAUCAAAAAGCUCCAAUCUCUCACCGCGAAGGUACAUUCGCAUCUUAAUGGUCUCGUUGCUUCUGUGAGUGAAUUGGAACAACAGCAAAAGCAACGUGCGGAACUGCAAGAUUGGAUUAAAAAACAAGAAAAUGCAGUAUCUGAUUGGUCUACUCGUCCAUGUAAAUUGCGUCCAGAAGCCGCAAAACAAGAACUAGUGUCCAUGAACGAUAUGCUUAAUUCCAUUGGCGAUAAACGUUCACAACUUAUGUUGGAGAUGACAGGAUCUCUUGGAGACGAGGAUACUGAUCUCGAUGAUAAUCUUAAUAAGUUAGAAACAGAACUAAUGGACGCUAUUGCUAAGAAGCAAGGUGGACAGAAUACGAUUGAUAAUUACCGUCAAAGUUUACAAGAUGUACAAAAUUGGUUCGAUUCUUUGAUUAAGCGUAUGGAUGUGCUUGAUAAGGGUUCAGGUUUGAACUGUGGCCAGAAAAUGACAGCCAUGUUGGAUAUAAAAGAAGAGUUCGAAAAGCAAAGUCCAAAUAAAAUACAAGAUGUUAAAGCUAAAGCAGCACAAGUUGCCGAAGUCAUUAGUAAUUUAGAUGGGCAACAAGUUGAAGAGCAAAUGAAAUCAUUAGAUCGACGUUAUGCCGAUCUAGGUAAGCGUCUUGAUCGAAAGGCACAACUUUUAGAUGUGACUAAUAAGGGUGUGGAAGGUGCAAAAGCUGAAAUUGACCAGCUACAAAAUUGGGUUAAAGAAAAAAUUGUUGAAUUGCAAGCGCCUGUCAAAAUUGGAUUUGAACCAAAAUCUGCGGAAGUUCGUCAACAACAAAUAAAAGGAAUGAUGAAGGAUGCUGAAGCAAAACAAUCUCUAGCCGAUGCAUUGGAGAAACGUAUAUCCAAUAUGCAACCAGAAUUGGAGCCUGUCGAAUAUGCUCAGUUAGAAUCAGCAUUGCGCAAUCUUAACUCAGAUCAACGCAAUCUGUCGGACGUGCUAAAGAGUGAAAUGGAACGUGCUUUAGAUGCAGCACGUGCUAGAAAGUCGUUAGAAAAUGAUCUCGAAAAUGCGCGUUCUUGGCUUAAGUCGAAAAUUGCUGAAGUACGAAAAUUGCCCGUAUAUCAUCCUUUGUCUUCUUCAGAUAUCGAAAAGAAACUGAAUGAAAGUAAAAAGUAUGACGAUGAAGCAAGACAAUUUAACGAUGGUAGAUUAAGUGAUUUACAACGUCAAGCAAACAAUAUAAUGAAGGAUUGCUCAGAUGCUGAUAGAGCUGCUUUACAGAAAAUUCUGGAUGAAAUCGAACACGACUUCGGUACACUAAAAGAUGAAACCUCUAAACGUUCUAAGAGUCUAAACGAUUUAUUGCAAGGACGCAAACAAUUCGAAGAUGCAAUAAAGAAAAUGAAUGAUUGGCUUAAUGAAAUGGAAACUGCAACCGCAGUGGAACUUCGCACUACUAGCUUGCCAGUGCUCGAAGAGCAACUUUCACAUUACCAGAAAUUACUUGACAAUGCCAACAACGUUGGUACUGCAAUGAAUGAUGUGGCCGAGCAAGGUAAAGGUUUGUUGCCAACCCUUAGCAAUCCCGAUAAGCUUAAAUUGAAUGAUGAUCUUAAAACUAUGAAAGAUCGUUAUUCUAAAAUCAAACAAGUGAUUAAUGAUAGAGUCGGUACACUGGGAGAUCAUAUUAAGAAGUAUAAGGAUGCUAAGAAUAAAAUGGCUGAUUGUAUGCAGUUCCUUAACAUAAUUCAACAACGAUUGCGAGAGUUAAACAAACCAAUUGGUUCUAAGAUUGAGGAUGUCCAAGAACUGUUGGGUGCCUAUGAGGACAUAUUGAAAAAGCUCAAAGACAGCAAAAGUAGCAUGGGCGAUAUGCAAGAUGAUAAUUUGCCCGAAUUGCAAAGUAUAUUAACACAGCAAGAUGACAUGAUUAAACUGAUUGAGGAUCAACUGGCCCAUCUUCGACAAUUACUAUUGUUGCGUGAACAGUUCAUCGCCUUAAUUAAUGAAAUAAUUGCCUUUAUUAUGAAAUAUACCGAUGUUAUCAUAGAUAUUGAGAACUCACCAGAUAGUUUAGAAGAUAAAAUCAACAAAUAUGAUGACGUUAUUGUAAAAAUACAAGAAUGUGAGGGCUUAUUAGCUUCAGCAAAUGACAAAGGGCAAAAGAUCGCUUCUGAAGGAACUGCUGCUGACAAAAACAGUAUAACCGAACAAUUGCAAUCUUUAAAGAAUCAAUUACAUAGCUUACGCAAAGCUGUGGAAUCACAACGUCAAAAACAUCAAAUACAACUCGAACAUCACAAAAAACUGGCCGCAGAAUUAUCUGAAAUAUUAGAUUGGUUGCACAAUAAUGAAGGCGCAGCAAAAUCUCGUCCUCAACUUGAUCGCGAUCCAGAAUCAGUUGAACAUGAACUGCAAAAACAUCACAAAUUGAGUGAUGACAUACAACAAUAUCUCGAUAAAUUUAGCAAGAUUAAUGAUGGCAUCAAGUCUGAGGUGGGCAUGCCAGGUUCUUUGGUUGAACUUUUAUCGGAAGGACGUUCUUUACUAUCGCUUUUGCCACAGGAACUCGAAGAACGUGAAAAGUAUCUAAUUAACAAUCGUGAUUCGCGUCUUGAAUACAUGAAACUAGUGGCAAAAUUCAAUGAUUGGGUUCAUGAAGCUGAGAUACGAUUACAAAAUGGACAACAUGGAAUCGAUUAUCAAAAUCUCUCUAAUGAUCUUAAUGAACACAAAAUAUUCUUCGGUAAUGUUACUCCUGUCAAAAAUUUAGUGCAAAAACAAAUUCAGGAGGCCGCUGACAAAAUUUGGCCGUCUCUCAAUAAUUAUGAAGAAUCUGAGCUAUCAGCUGAACUUUCACUAUUCCAAACAAAAUUGGCGAAUACUCUAGCAGCAAGUAAAGUUCAACAAAGUUCAUUGGAAAAAGAAAAUGACCGUUGGCGUGAAUAUGGUCAACUGGUUGAUCGUGUUAAAGCUAUUAUUGAGCGCACUAAAUUCGUAGAUGAACCUGUGCAAAAUCUGGCUGGUUUGCAUUUUAACAUACAAAAAUUAACCCACGCUAUUGGAAAUGUACAGAGCCAAACCGGUGAUAUCACACUCGUAAAUCAACAAGCGCAAGGACUGUUACGUCAAGCGGACGUUCGCAAUCGUGAAUUGAUUGAAAAAGACAAUAACGACUUAAACAGAUUGUGGCAGGAGCUUAUUAAGGGUUUGGAGCAGCGGCGUGAUAACCAGCAAGCCAUCGCUGAUAAGUGGGACGAUUUCGAUAAUCGUUUGCACAACUGGGAGAAGGCAAUUGCACGUUUAGAGGAUAAAUACCGCAAUGUCGACCCAGUUGUAAGGUCGCGACGUCAUUUGGAAGAUACAAAGCAUGUCAUUCAGGAAAUUCUCGGCGAAUCUGAAGAGAUUAAAUCGACCUAUAAAGAGAUUGAAGCGCUCUCAAAAUCAAUUGUCACAUUCCUUAAGGAAGUGCACCAACCAUCGGCGGAGGCCAUACAGGCCAAAGUGGAUAACUUAGUCCAACAACAAACAAAAUUAAACGACAUAUUGCGUGACAAGGAUCGUCAAGUUACUAAGGAUCUCGAAGAAAUUCAGCAAGUUUUCCGAAGCAUAUCUGAACUGCAGGAUAAGUUCAAUGUUUUGUUGGAGAAAAUUUUAGAUAUACAUGUUUUUGAUGAGAAUACUAAAAAAAUUGAGCAAACAUUAAACGAUACACAGAACGAAGUAAGAAAAACGGUUGAGGAGAGCACAAAUUUAAUUACUUCUACAAAGGAAAAGUACUUAAAACAACAGGAUCUAAUACCAAGCGAUAUAACACAAGAGUUUACGGCUUUGGAACUAUUAUCAGAACGUGUACAAGGAGCAAUGGAGACUAAACAGAAGGACUAUAAACGUGCCAAGACUGUACGUACAGAAUAUCUAACUGGCGUUGAUGAGAUACAAAAAUGGCUUAUGCAAGCUGAGAUGCAAGUGCAAGAUCGAACUCUCGCACCCACAUUAAUGAAGGAACUUUUGCAUCGCAUCAAUCAGGAAAUUACUGGUAUAUAUGAACGAUUUACGUUAGUCAAAUCGAACGGACAAAUAAUCAUGGAAAAUUGUCGCAAUAAUGAGGAGAAAAUGCUAGUACAGACGACAAUUGAACAGUUGACGCAACAGUUGGGACAGGUACGUGCUUGGUUAGAUGAAAAGAAACAGCAAGUUGGUGAUAGUUUGGAUGCCUGGACACGUUUUAUGAAUCUAUAUCAAAUCGUAAUGACAUGGGUAGCAGAAAAACGUAUAUUCCUUGAACAGACAAUUGAAUUGCGAACACUGACUGAAGCACGCACAAAACUAAAUGAGUACGUUACAGUCGUAAAAAGUAUUAAACCCAUAGCGAAACACUUAAAUGAAAUGGAUAAGGAACUGGAACACAUUGGACAAGUAACAACUGCUGGCGAUCUCAAAGAAAAAUUACAAGAAGCUGAAGAUGCAAAGAUUAGUGUUGAAACAAUACUUUUAGAAAGAAAUUCAUUACUGGAAGAAGCCUGCGAAGAAUGGGAUCAAUGCGAACGCAAAAUUAAAGAUAUACGAAGUUGGAUUGAAAAGACUAAGCAGUCAAUAGACUCCCCACAACACAAAAAGAAACCAUUACGUGAUCAAUUAGGCUUUUGUGAAAAAACAAUGGCUGAUAUCAACGUGCAAAAAACAAAACUUAGAUUAUCAAUAGAGAAGCUGGAGGUACAUUUCCGUAACGGCAUGGGUGGUGAUCCACGCCUUAGUGAAAAUGUCGAUGAGCUUUUGAAGAUAAUGGACGAGCUUGGUGAUUUCGUUAAAUCGAAAACAUCAAGUCUCGAAGAGACUUUAGGACAAAUCGAUGUCUAUCAACAGCAAAUGCAAAAUUUACGUCAAAAAAUCUUACAAGAAGAACAACAAUUGAGACUCGUUAUGGCUCCCACAUAUUUGCCUCACGAUCGUGAGCGAGCAUUAGCAGAGCAACAGGCUCUACGUUCAUCAAUUGAAAAUACGCAACACAGCUUUGAUGGAAUUGCAGCUUUAUCAUAUAAACUGGACCCACAUUCAGUUGUGACGACCUCGUCUUCUGUUUCAAUACUCUUGAAGCCGUCAAAAAUAGGCCUAACGUAUGCUGAGGUCCUGUCGGGACAUUCAAGUCCAGUUAGUUUAACGGAUAAUAAUGUAACAACAACAACAACAACCACAACUACACAAUAUAUAAACAUUGAAGGUCCUACCGUGAAAAACCAAGAGUUUGAACCUCAACAGUAUAUUUAUGAAUAUAGCCAAGACGUUUUACCUACAACUCGAACGCAGCCCUCAUUUUCACCCUCGCCGCGGGAAGAGAAACAUGAAAUUGUUAGUCUAGAUCAUUAUUCCGAUGAGGAUUUCAAUAUUCAAAAAACUGAAAGUGAACAUGAAGUACCUAAAAAUCCAGUGGAGGCAAAACAAGAAGAAAUUAUUUCAACAGCAAUAAUAACUUCGACAUCAGUAAUUUCGCAUCAAACGCCUUCAUAUACUGAUUCAAGUGCUGAUGAUAUGUUUAAACAUCCACAAACAAGCGAAUUAGAUCAACAGCAUCAAGUGUUUAGCAACAUUGAACUCCCUUCUGAAACUCAGCGAUCAAUUGAAGUUCCUAAUAAAGCCUAUCAAACUAUUGAUAAGUUCAUCGAUAAUGAAAGAGGACAAAAACACUUUCAUAAACAAAUGCGACCACCAAAUGCACCUCCACGCAGAGGACGUGCGCUACGACGUCAACCUCCGCCGCAAGAUAAUAUCCAUACGUCAACAAUGUCGACGAGUACAACAACAUCAAUUGUUAAUCAACCAAAAGCAGAAGCAAAAACAUAUUUGCAUUUACCUGCUGAGGAACGAGUUCGUUCCAGAAGUCCAAUUUGGGUACCAGGCUCCACUUCAUAUGCUGAAGUCUUGCGGGGAUUAGAAUUAGAGCGAAUACGGGCGAAUCAGAAACAAAGUUAUUCGAGUGGCAAACAAGCAACACAAACCCAAAUAGAACAAAGUUCACAAAACACUCAAAUGCCACAUGUGACAAUGGCGCAGGCGCUGUUGCAAGAUAGUAAUGUAGGCGUAGUUUUACCGGAAAUAAAUAAUUCUGCUCCACUAAUGACUCAAACAUAUUCACAACCACCAUUAGAAGUACAACAACAAAAUCAAAUAAUACAGAACUUGCCCAUAAGCGAUACUGGUCUGACAUCACAAAUGUUCAUACAAAAUGAACAACAAGUACCACAAGGACAACAACAACAGCAAGUGCAAGUGCAAUUGCCAACAAUGUCGCAGCAAGAACAGAAACAAACUCAAUUAAUCACAACAACAACUUUCAAAAGUUCUUACGAAGAUACACCUAUGACAGCUGAACAAAUACAAGCGACAUACCUGCAACCUGAUCCAGUGCUCUAUCAAAGCAUGUAUGAGAAUGUUGCCAAGAAUGAACAGUGGGGCUAUGCCACAGAUCAAACACAACCGUUGCCUAUGGAAGAACAACAAACUCAGCCAAAUCAAAAUUAUUACGAACAAGUUAUACAAAUGCAGUACCCACAAGGAACGUCGUCUCUUGCAGCAUAUGGAAGUUAUCCAUACCAAGCCCCUACAUCAAGUCAAUAUCAAUUACUACCAUCCGGCUAUUAUCAAACCCAGCAACCGGAUUCAACUUUUUCGCAAAUAUAUACUGCUGAGCAAAACCAAAUGUAUAUGACACAACCUCAAGUUUAUCAACAGUUCCAAGAAUUGGAACCUGUUUACGAGACGAUCGACCAUCAGCAGCAGCAACACACUCAGCAACACAUGCAACAAGCGCAUCCACAACCUCAAUAUUUACUUGACUAUAACAAACAAUUUGAUGAACAAAUACAACCAACAAGACCAAGUGUUUUGGAUCAAGUUGUAACUACUUUAGCAUCUUUAGUUCAACAAACGACACAAACAAAUACAAUGCCCCUAAUUCAAAAUUACACACAACAUCAUGACAAUCCUAUCCAAACGCCAAAUGCUUACGAAGCUCAAUUAAUGGAUGUAGACGAAGUUCGUCCCGACAUUACAUUUGGACAAUUUGAAAGUAACGAAAUCGAAUCUAUACCAAUUGAAGAAUAUAUAAACAAUCAACAACAUAUUGAACUACCUUCCAAUACGCUCAGUGAAAUUUUAGAUCAACGACAAAGACAAGAUGAACAUGUUCCAAUGGAGCAAGAACAUCAAAUACUACAAACACCUCAAGUACCGCAAACAUCGGAUUUACUGACACAUACUAGCUAUGAAACAAGUUCAAGUAAUUUGACAAAUAUAACUACAACACCUGGUUCAACAUACGCCGAGGUUUUGUUUGGUUUGAAUAAUAGAAACACUUUCCAGCCAUCCAGUCAGCCAAUACGUCAAAGUGAACCAAAUUAUGUAAAAACAACUUCUUUGUUCCCUAAUAAUGUUAGAAAUCAGCAGCAACAGCAACAGCAACAGCAACAAAGCGUGUCAGCUAAAAAUACAACGACAAAUAAACAACCAACGACAACGACAAAUCCCAUCUCUGAUACGACGCCGACGCCGACCUCGACUUCGACCACAGCAUCAACAUCUAGGACUACUUUUACAACAACAAUUACCAAGAAUAGAAAACAGAAACCAAUUAAUCGUGAGCUAGCUACUCCAGUGGAUCAGCCAUAUGUUCGUCAGAAAUCAGAUAAAAGUCAUCAUCAACAACAUUUACAGCAAACUCAUCGAUAUGAUCCUGAACCACAAAUUCACAAGCCUGUAGAAUAUGAAGCCACAAGCCAUAAAAAAGACAAAAAAGUUAACAAAGACAUUAAAAAAGUGAAAAAGGAUGUCCCAUCGAGUCAGCCCAUUGUUUUAGGAGAGACUACAAAAGAAGUAAAGAAAACAACUUUUGUAGAAACAUUGGACUUAUCUCAGCUGGCGCAACCAAAAGACAAAAAUUCGCUUCAAACGCAGCUAAUACCUCACGAACAAUUUGAAAAGAAGCAACGAAAGGAAAAGAAACAAAUACCUACAGUAUUUGAUAGUGAUCAUAUAGAACACAAACCAGACUUUGUGAAAAGUGCAACUAUGCAAGGACACAAGAGAUCUGAAGAACAAAUUGAACCACAAUCAAAGAAAUCGAAAGUAGAAUUGACUGAGCAAACAACAACAAUCGCUACUGAAACACUUGCUCAACCAGAGUCACAAAAGGAAACCAUAAAAGAAGAUUUGAGCAAAAAAUCUGUUAAAGCAAAUAAACACAAAAAGCAUAUGAAAAAUCAAAAGGAUAAACCCAAAAUAACGGAAGAAGUACUAAAAUCAGAAACUGAUUUGUCGAUAUCUGCCACUCCCGAAAAUAUAUCUUCUGUUAUUCAAAAUCCGAAUAAAAAUGAGAAAGAGAAAGAUACACCAGAGACAAGUGAUGUUGUAAAAACAAAAUCCAUAAUAACAAAAACAAAACAUUUCCUUAACAAAAUAAUUGGUGGUAAAGAACAAAAAGAAGUGGAGAAUGUUGGACAUAAGGCUGAAUUGUCCAAAAUAACAACAAAAACAACGACGGAACAGACUUUAAAUCCGGUAUCGCCUUCGAAACCACCACACCCCACCAAAGAAAAUAACGCCAAAUCAUCAACAGCUGAUUUCAUUUUCAUUGAAAGAAGCACAAAUAAAGAACAUGUACCGCUGCAACAGACAUCCACACAAGUUAUUGAUUCGCAAUCCAACUUAAAAACAACAGAGCCCCUGAUUACUGACACUAGUUCAACACAAACAAAUUCAAAUAACGAAAUAAAUGAACCCACAAUAAAUGAUGGUGUGAUCAAGACAACUAUUGUACGCACCACAAAAAUUGUCAAAAAAAUUAACAGCAAUGAGGAUCAAGAAAUAAUUUCAGAAACUACUGAAAACAGCAUUCCACCAAACACUGAUUUUGAAAUUGCUGAAGAAGCACAAGAAGACGCGUCUGUUGAAAAAUCUGAGUCGGUUAUAAGAGAAGAAACUAAUACCGGUGUUGUGAAAACAACAACAGUUCGGACCUUAAAAACCAAAAAUGCUUCAGAAAUCAAAGACAAAAACUUGUCACUAGAAACUAGUACUGACAAUGACAGGGAUGUUAACAAAGAGUUAUCCCAAAAGGAAGCACAACAAACAAAUAUUGAGCCAGAAAUUAUUAAACAGUCAUAUGUUUCUGAACAAGAUGUUCCUGCAGAAGAUCAUAUAAAAGUACCCAGCGGAAAUUUAGUAACGCUCGAUGAAAAAUUAAAUAAAGAGCAUUUAAUUAAUAACACAGAAAAUUUAGAAACUUCUGAAGGAGGUGACGUUAUAAAAACGACUAUAGUAAGAACGACAAAGGUUGUAAAGAAAAUCUCGCAAAACAUCGAAAAUGAAACCAUGGAGCAUAGUUUUGAUAAUACAACAGACUUAGAUAGUAAAAAUAUAGCACAAGAAGUUUCGUCAGAUAAGCUUUCAGAGGAUGACCAAGGAGGUGUAACUAAAACAACAACAAUUAGAACGACAAGAAUUAUAAAAAGAACUUCUCCAGAAAUUCAAACACCAGAGGAAAUAGAAGUGAAAAUAUUAACAAAUGAAGAUGAUUUGCAGUCAACUAAUUCUACGAUUUCUCCAUCAAUUGUUGAAGAACCAACAGAAACUUUAACUACUAACACUUCAGUAGAUGGAGCUAUAAUAAAGACAACAACAAUACGUACCGUGAAAAUAAUUAAGAAAAUUUCACAAGAUGGUAAAAUUAUUUUAGAAGAAACAGAAUCACCAGACGACAUUAUUGUUAAAUCAACAAUUGAGUUACCUGAUCAGCCAAGACAAACGGAUUCAGCCACUUAUACAAUGAUGGGCACGCCAAAAGAUAGUUUUGAUAAAAUUAGUUCGGAUGAGGCUAAUAUUGAUGAGGUUCAAACUAUUGAUUCGCCGCAAACUAUUAAAAAGGACGACGUGACACCUGGCAUUAAGGUUAUUGACAUUGAAACAACAAAAUUACCGACUUUUGAAAAAGACAAUAAAGACAUAGACCCUGACAGCUUUAAACAUAGCAUUACCACUACUUCAACUGACAAAACCGUUUUGAACAAGUUUUCACGCUCUACGCAAGUGACUGAAACCACGACGACGAACACGAAACAUACGACAUUAACAAUGACACAAAAACGUAGUUUCGAGUCUGAAGACGGUACCAAUAUCAUUUACACUGGUGAUUCCUAUCCACCAGGUGCGAUUCAAAAAAUUUCACUUAUUACUCAUGAGGAAAAACAUAAAACCCCUAUAGUUAAAAUGCACUUAGAUCUUCCCGAAACUAGUCUUAAAAUUACAGAAACCUUGACUGAAACUGUAGAAGCUUCAGAUCAACAUACUGAACACAAUGAACAAACUGAACAAACUAUUAUUGAAUCCAGUGUACUUUUGGGUAAUGGUUUGCCAAACUCAUCUGUUUCGGAAGUAAUGAUUGUCUGUAGUGAUCAAACCCCAAUUAGUGAGCCUGUUUUAAUAGAAGGUGACGUAGACAGUAGUGAAAUCCCUGCACCAUUAAUUACACCAGGAUUAAGUAGUUCACAAGUAGAGAAUCAAACAUUGAAUAUAAAUUCAGAAUUCGUUGAGCCCUUGGAAUGCAUUGACCAAAAAGAUAUUCUACCCGAUUUGACCACUGAAGAGGAAAUAUUAUUUGAAGAAUUCCAGAAGAAAAUCUCUAAGAAAGAUAAAAAGAAAAGACCUUUACUUCCAGAAGAAUUUUAUAAAAAAGAAUUUACUAAUUCUGAAGAGAAUGUAGAAACUGUAAGCCCAACUGACGCUGCAAAAAUAAAUAUAUUAGGAAGCCCACACUCAAUUCCAGAAACUGAUAAUAUAGCAACUGUAGGUGAUAGCGCCGUACAAACUGUAGAAGUUACAGAUUUGAUUAGAAAUAUUUCGCUAGAGCCAGCACUACUAUUAGUCUCUAAAAUGUGUGAUAUUGAUAAAGCAAAUACAACUUAUAAUGAGGUUUUAACUAGAAUCAGUAAAGAAAUUACCGACAAACCAUUACCAGAAAAUGUAGAAGAAGAGCCAACUAGAUUAUUUGAAAAUUUAAGUUCUACUAACAUAGAAGCUAAUAUUAACCAAAAUGCAACCGCUGAAUCAGAUGAGGCAAAAAAUAUCAAAUUUGUUUCUAACACUUCAAGCACUGAUCUUAAACCAGAAGUUGCAAUUAACACGUUUUCCUUAAGUCCGUCCGUUCAAGAUUUCGAAGUUCCAAAAUAUAAUUUAACGCAGCUCCGCUCUGCUGAACUUAAUUACCACAUCAACGAACACAAAGAUGAAAAAGAGAGCACUCCGAUUGAUAUAUCAGCCACUACAACAGUUUCACAUGAGGAGUUGGAAAAUACUUUUGAAUACUUAGAAAUUCCUAAAUACGACACAUGCGUAAUACAGCAUUCUGAAGAGCUAUAUUACCAGAUAAAAUCAGGAGAAACUCCUAAAGAAAGCUGGAAUACUGAAACAAUAUCCGCGUUACCACUAGCAGUUCAGGACACAGUUCUAAAAGAAGAGAAAACACAUGAACCAAUACCAGUUGAAAACGUGCCAAAACAAUUACACGAGGAAAAGAUUACACGAGUUCCUGUUAACACUGAGGAACAAAUUGCAGUUGAGCAAAAAUUAGAUGAACAACCAAAAGACCAAGUCACUACAGAAAUUACAACAGUGAUUACAACAACUACAACCAAUAUUGAAUCAGUAGAAAAAAUUCCUGAAGAACCUAAGAAACCAGCAUAUGCAGGACUUCCAAUUGACGAUUCAUCUAACGCAUGGAUGGAUGUCAUGGAUGAAGAAAUGAUAUUAUCUGAUGAUGAUGAUAUUACUAAAACUGAUAUUGUUGAGAAAACUUCACCUGAACCAAUAAUUGUUGAAAAUAUCACAGAAUUGAUAGUACCACCUGGAAAAGAAUCCGUGCCAGAAGAAAAACCACCUGUGGAAGAGGUUAUAAUAGCUCCAGUUAAGGUUGAGGAACAAAUUGUAGUUGAAACGGUACCAGUUGAGCAAACAGAAAACAAAGUAACUAAGGAAACAAUAACUGUAAUUACAACAACUACAACCAAUAUUGAAUCUGUCGAAAAAAUACCUGAGGAACUAACUAAAGAAAUACAAAAAGGAGAAGUUAUUGAAGAAAAGCAACCUGAACCAGUGGUCUCUGAAAAGACCGUAGAAUUGCCAAUACCAGAUGAAGAAGAAUCUGCGCCAGAAGUGCAACCAGUGGAGGAGAUUAUAAUAACUCCAGUUAAGGUUGAGGAACAAAUUAUUGUUGAACAAUCACCAAUUGAGCAAAAAGAAGAACAAGUUACUAGAGAAACUACAACAGUGAUUACUACAACUACAACGAAUGUUGAAUCAGUUGAAAAAAUACCCGAUGAACCUAAGAAACCAGUAUAUGCAGGACUUCCAAUUGAUGAUUCAUCUAAUGCAUGGAUGGAUGUCAUGGAUGAAGAAAUGAUAUUAUCUGAUGAUGAUGAUAUUACUAAAACUGAUAUUGUUGAGAAAACUUCACAUGAACCAAUAAUUGUUGAAAAUAUCACAGAAUUGAUAGUAACACCUGAAAAAGAAUCCGUGCCAGAAGAAAAACCACCUAUGGAAGAGGUUAUAAUAGCUCCAGCUAAGGUUGAGGAACAAAUUGUAGUUGAAACGGUACCAGUUGAGCAAACAGAAAACAAAGUAACUGCAGAAACAAUAACUGUGAUUACAACAACUACAACCAAUAUUGAAUCUGUCGAAAAAAUACCUGAGGAACUAACUAAAGAAAUACAAAAAGGAGAAGUUAUUGAAGAAAAGCAACCUGAACCAGUGGUCUCUGAAAAGACCGUAGAAUUGCCAAUAUCAGAUGAAGAAGAAUCUGCGCCAGAAGUGCAACCAGUGGAGGAGAUUAUAAUAACUCCAGUUAAGGUUGAGGAACAAAUUAUUGUUGAACAAUCACCAAUUGAGCAAAAAGAAGAACAAGUUACUAGAGAAACUACAACAGUGAUUACUACAACUACAACGAAUGUUGAAUCAGUUGAAAAAAUUCAUGAAGAACCUAAGAAACCAGCAUAUGCAGGACUUCCAAUUGACGAUUCAUCUAAUGCAUGGAUGGAUGUCAUGGAUGAAGAAAUGAUAUUAUCUGAUGAUGAUGAUAUUACUAAAACUGAUAUUGUUGAGAAAACUUCACCUGAACCAAUAAUUGUUGAAAAUAUCACAGAAUUGAUAGUACCACCUGGAAAAGAAUCCGUGCCAGAAGAAAAACCACCUGUGGAAGAGGUUAUAAUAGCUCCAGUUAAGGUUGAGAAACAAAUAGUAGUUGAAACGGUACCAGUUGAGCAAACUGAAAACAAAGUAACUAAGGAAACAAUAACUGUAAUUACAACAACUACAACCAAUAUUGAAUCUGUCGAAAAAAUACCUGAGGAACUAACUAAAGAAAUACAAAAAGGAGAAGUUAUUGAAGAAAAGCAACCUGAACCAGUGGUCUCUGAAAAGACCGUAGAAUUGCCAAUACCAGAUGAAGAAGAAUCUGCGCCAGAAGUGCAACCAGUGGAGGAGAUUAUAAUAACUCCAGUUAAGGUUGAGGAACAAAUUAUUGUUGAACAAGCACCAAUUGAGCAAAAAGAAGAACAAGUUACUAGAGAAACUACAACAGUGAUUACUACAACUACAACGAAUGUUGAAUCAGUUGAAAAAAUACCCGAUGAACCUAAGAAACUAGUAUAUGCAGGACUUCCAAUUGAUGAUUCAUCUAAUGCAUGGAUGGAUGUCAUGGAUGAAGAAAUGAUAUUAUCUGAUGAUGAUGAUAUUACUAAAACUGAUAUUGUUGAGAAAACUUCACCUGAACCAAUAAUUGUUGAAAAUAUCACAGAAUUGAUAGUAACACCUGAAAAAGAAUCCAUGCCAGAAGAAAAACCACCUAUGGAAGAGGUUAUAAUAGCUCCAGCUAAGGUUGAGGAACAAAUUGUAGUUGAAACGGUACCAGUUGAGCAAACAGAAAACAAAGUAACUAAGGAAACAAUAACUGUAAUUACAACAACUACAACCAAUAUUGAAUCUGUCGAAAAAAUACCUGAGGAACUAACUAAAGAAAUACAAAAAGGAGAAGUUAUUGAAGAAAAGCAACCUGAACCAGUGGUCUCUGAAAAGACCGUAGAAUUGCCAAUACCAGAUGAAGAAGAAUCUGCGCCAGAAGUGCAACCAGUGGAGGAGAUUAUAAUAACUCCAGUUAAGGUUGAGGAACAAAUUAUUGUUGAACAAGCACCAAUUGAGCAAAAAGAAGAACAAGUUACUAGAGAAACUACAACAGUGAUUACUACAACUACAACGAAUGUUGAAUCAGUUGAAAAAAUUCAUGAAGAACCUAAGAAACCAGCAUAUGCAGGACUUCCAAUUGACGAUUCAUCUAAUGCAUGGAUGGAUGUCAUGGAUGAAGAAAUGAUAUUAUCUGAUGACGACGAGGUUACUAAAACUGAUAUGGUUGAGAAAUCUGCACCUGAACCAAUAGUUGUUGAAAAGAUCACUGAAUUGAUAGUACCAGUUGAGAAAGAGUCUUUGCCAGAAGAAAAACAACCAGUGGAGGAGAUUAUAACUGCUCCAGUUAAGGUUGAAGAACAAAUUACAGUUGAGCAAAAAUUAGAUGAACAACCAAAAGACCAAGUUACUACAGAAAUUACAACAGUGAUUACAACAACUACAACCAAUAUAAAAUCAGUUGAAAAAGUUCCUGAAGAACCUAAGAAACCAGCAUAUGCAGGACUUCCAAUUGACGAUUCAUCUAAUGCAUGGAUGGAUGUCAUGGACGAAGAAAUGAUAUCAUCUGAAGAUGAAGAGGUUAAUCAAACUGAUAUUGUUGAGAAAUCUGCACCUGAACCAAUAGUUGUUGAAAAGAUCACUGAAUUGAUAGUACCAGUUGAGAAAGAGUCUUUGCCAGAAGAAAAACAACCAGUGGAGGAGAUUAUAACUGCUCCAGUUAAGGUUGAAGAACAAAUUACAGUUGAGCAAAAAUUAGAUGAACAACCAAAAGACCAAGUUACUACAGAAAUUACAACAGUGAUUACAACAACUACAACCAAUAUUGAAUCAAUUGAAAAAGUUCCUGAAGAACCUAAAAAACCAGCAUAUGCAGGACUUCCAAUUGACGAUUCAUCUAAUGCAUGGAUGGAUGUCAUGGACGAAGAAAUGAUAUCAUCUGAAGAUGAAGAGGUUAUUCAAACUGAUAUUGUUGAGAAAUCUGCACCUGAACCAAUAGUUGUUGAAAAGAUCACUGAAUUGAUAGUACCAGUUAAGAAAGAGUCUUUGCCAAAAGAAAAACUACCUGUGGAAGAGAUAGCAAUAGCUCCAGUUAAGGUUGAAGAACAAAUUAUUUUUGAACAAGCACCAGUUGAGCAAAAGGAAGAACAAGUUACUAGAGAAACUACAACAGUGAUUACUACAACUACAACGAAUGUUGAAUCAGUUGAAAAAAUACCCGAUGAACCUAAGAAACCAGCAUAUGCAGGACUUCCAAUUGACGAUUCAUCUAAUGCAUGGAUGGAUGUCAUGGACGAAGAAAUGAUAUUAUCUGAAGAUGAUGAGGUUAUUCAAACUGAUAUUGUUGAGAAAUCUGCACCUGAACCAAUAAUUGUUGAAAAGAUCACUGAAUUGAUAGUACCAGUUAAGAAAGAGUCUUUGCCAAAAGAAAAACUACCUGUGGAAGAGAUAGCAAUAGCUCCAGUUAAGGUUGAAGAACAAAUUAUUUUUGAACAAGCACCAGUUGAGCAAAAGGAAGAACAAGUUACUAGAGAAACUACGACAGUGAUAACUACAACGACAACCAAUAUUGAAUCAGUAGAUAAAAUACCUGAAGAACUAAAUAAAGAAAUACACAAAGGGGAAGUUAUUGAAGAAAAGCAACCUGAACCAGUGGUCUCUGAAAAGACUUCAGAACUGCCAAUACCAAUUGAAAAAGAAUCUGUUCUAAAAGAAAAACAACUAAAGGAAGAAGUUGUAAUAUCGGUACCAGUUGAGCAAUCAGAAAAACAAAUAACUACGGAAACUACAACAGUGAGUACAACAACAACCUAUGUUAAAUCUGUCGAAAAAAUACCUGAGGAACUAAAUAAAGAAAUUCAGGAAACUGACAUUGUUAAAGAAAAGCAACCUGAACCAGUGAUUGCAGGAAAGAGCUCAGAAUUGCCAAUGCCAGUUGAGAAAGAAUCUGUACCAGAAGAAAAACAACCAAUGAAGAAGACUACAAUAGCUUCAGUUAAAGUUGAGGAAGAUUUCAUUAUAGAGUCAAAACAAGACGAUAAAUCGGAAAUUGAUACGUGGUCUAGUGUUUUAGAAGAUACAUCAUCCUCUCUUACUAACAUUGCAUUAUCUUCAAAUUUAUCUCCGAAUGCUCCAGAGUUUACUCCAGAUUUUCUUAAGCACUCAUAUUCGAAUCAAACCAACACUUUCUUAGCAAAUGAAAAAAUGUACAGUGAAUUUGUUCCAAAACAAAACCUACACAAUACCCAGAACCUUUCUGAUAACCUGGUUACUUCCUUGGCAAAAGUUAAAAGAAAACCAAAUGUUAUAGAAAAGCCUGAGAAGGUAAAUAAGAUGACUACUCAGGAGACAGAAGAAAAUACUAAUCGUGCAGAACAAAAGUUGAUUUUAAAGCCACCUUCGAAGAUAUUUGGAGGCAAAUCAUAUGCUGACGUACUUUUUGGGGAAAUGGGGCAAGAAAAAGUGUCUGAUGAAAAAACGAUUUCAAAUAAAGAAAAAAUUGAAGAUAUACCAGAAGUAAAAGAAGUUACCAAAGAUAUAUUGUACGAAGAAGUUGAUAGAAAACACAAAAAAAAAUUAAAUAAGAAAAAAGUAAAGACAUCUAAGGUUAAUGUUACUGAAGUGGAAAAAGUGGAUAAAGUGGACAUUAAACCACACGAAGAUGUGAAAAAAAUAACUGUUAGUACUUCUGAAACGGAAUUAGAUUUCAUCGAUAAUGUUACGGAAGUACCUAAGUCAGUGGAAAAUAAUCAGUUUUCAUGGUCGGCAUUAGUGAAAAGGCCAGGGGAAUGGAUAGAUACCACAGUUCUGCGAAAAGAUAAAACUGUUCACAAUGAUAGUAAUAAGCUCGAACAGCCUUCAAAAAAGAAAAAGCAAUCUAAAAAUAAAAAGAAAGAUAAAACCCCUAAAUCGGAAAAUGACCAAAAUUCUGAAGUAUGUGCUAUUGUUCAAGAAUCCAUUACACCCAUUGUUUCAUCAGAAGAAGAAAGUAAAGCAGAAGUGUCAAUAGAUGUGCCUGAGAAAGAAAAUACAACUUCAGAGCUUUCUCAAGCAGAACCGAAUAAGUUAUCUUGGGCUUCUUUGGUUAGCAGACCAGGAGAGUGGGUCGAUGAUAUCAUGACAAGGCAUAAAAAACCAGAACAGCUUGUUCCAGAAAAUAGAGAAGAGAAGAAGAAAAAACAUCCUGAAAAACACAGGAAUAAAAAAUCAAAAACAAAACAGAAAAAUGAAGAAAUUCUUACACGUGAUAAAAUUCAAACCACUAGCUCUGACGAAAGUGAUCAAAUAUUAAAGAGUGACGCGAAAGCAGAACACGUAAAUAAAACCUUUGAACCUGAACCGGUUGAUGAUGUUGCAACUAAUACACAUAAAGACGUUUUGAAUGAGUUUUCAUGGGCGGCAUUAGUUAAAAAGCCUGGCGAAUGGAUAGAUGAUAUAAAUUCACGUAAAAAGAUUGUAAACAAAAAAGUUGAAACUGAAGAAAAACCGAAAGGCAAAUCCGAAAAAACUCAAAAAUCUUCAAAAACAAAGGAUAAACGGAAAAAAGAUGACAAUUCCUUGCUGAGUAAGGCACAAGGAGGAGAUUUGGUUUCAUCUAUAGAACUUAGUGAAGAUGCUGUUGAAAAACUCGAUGAAGAUUCUCCAGACCAGUCAUAUAUCGAAAAAAAUAAAUCACAUGUUUUUCCAAAUGUAAAAGUUGAGAAACGUCUGAAAAAGGAUGAAGAAAAAAUAAGUUUUGAAACCAAUUUUGAAAAUGCACAAACUCCUAGUUGGGCUUCUAUUGUAAGUCAAUCCACUACAAGCUUUAUUGAUACGGAAAGGUCACAUGCUUACAAAGCGAAAGAAACACCUGUUCCGAAAUCUAAAGUUGUUAAAAACGAUAACAUUCAUGUAACGGAAUCCGCGCCUAAAGAUCUCGAUGAUUUUAAUUGGUCAAUAUCUAGCCAUAAACAAACAGAAGAAAAAAAUAUACCACAAACGAAACUGAAUGUUAAUAUAGUUGAGGAGGUUGCGGAAGCCAAUAUAGAUUCAAGUAUUAAAUCCUGGAAAGAUCUACUAGAGGAAGAUGAUGACGUACCAACUCAAAAAUACUUACCACAGGCACAAUACUCGGAACAAGUUACUACAGAAAUUAUUGAGCCCGUUGAAAACAUACAUGAAGUUCUUAAAACAAAUUUAAUUGUAGAAGUUAAACCUAGACCUGUUCCAGUUCAAAAGUUGUUUGACUUUGAAGUGCCAAUUCAAAAAGAAAAUACGCCAGAAGAUAAAAAACCUUUUGCUGAGACUGCAAUUGUUCCAGUCAAAGAUGACGAACAUAUUGUAGUUGAACCAUUAUCAGUUGAUCAACCAACAAGAACUAGAGAAACUACGACAGCAAUUACAACAACUACAAACAAUAUUGUAUCUGUUGAGGUAAUUCCUAACAGAGAACCUGUCAUUGCUGAGAAUAUUGCAGAACUGCCAGUACCUGAUGAAAAAGAAUUUGUGUCAGAUGCAAAACUGCAAAUGGAGAACAUUACAAUAGUUCCAGUUAAAGUUGAGGAACAAAUUAUAGUUGAAACGGUACCAGUUGAGCAAACAGAAGAACAAGUAACUACGGAAACAAUAACUGUGCUUUCAACAACUACAACCAAUAAUGAAUUUGUCGAAAAAAUACCUGAGGAACUAACUAAAGAAAUACAAAAAGGAGAAGUUAUUGAAGAAAAGCAACCUGAACCAGUGGUCUCUGAAACGACCGUAGAACUGCCAGUACCAGUUGAAAAAGAAUCUGUGCUAGAAGAAAAACAACCAAAGGAGAAGGUUGUAAUAGCUCCAGUUAAGGUUGAGGAACAAAAUAUUGUUGAACAAUCACCAGUUGAGCAAAAACAAGAACAAGUUACUAGAGAAACUACAACAGUUAUAACUACAACGACAACCAAUAUUGAAUCAGUUGAAAAAGUUCCUGAAAAACCUAAGAAACCAGCAUAUGCAGGACUUCCAAUUGACGAUUCAUCUAAUGCAUGGAUGGAUGUCAUGGAUGAAGAAAUAGUAUUAUCUGAAGAUGAUGAGGUUACUCAAACUGAUAUGGUUGAGAAAUCUGCACCUGAAUCAGUGGUUGUUGAAAAUAUCACAGAAUUGAUAGUACCAGUUAAGAAAGAGUCUUUGUCAGAAGAAAAACAACCAGUGGAGGAGAUUAUAACUGCUCCAGUUAAGGUUGAAGAACAAAUUACAGUUGAGCAAAAAUUAGAUGAACAACCAAAAGACCAAGUUACUACAGAAAUUACAACAGUGAUUACAACAACUACAACCAAUAUUGAAUCAGUUGAAAAAGUUCCUGAAGAACCUAAGAAACCAGCAUAUGCAGGACUUCCAAUUGACGAUUCAUCUAAUGCAUGGAUGGAUGUCAUGGAUGACGAAAUAGUAUUAUCUGAUGACGAUGAGGUUACUAAAACUGAUAUUGUUGAGAAAUCUGCACCUGAACCACUAGUUGUUAAAGAAAUCAUGGAAUUAGUACCGGUUAAAAAAGAGUCUUUAUCAGAAGAAAAUCUGCCAGUGGAAGAGAUAGUAAUAGCUCCAGUUAAGGUUGAGAAACAAAUUGCAGUUGAGCAAAAAUUAGAUGAACAACCAAAAGACCAAGUCACUACAGAAAUUACAACAGUGAUUACAACAUCUACAACCAAUAUUGAAUCAGUUGAAAAAGUUCCUGAAGAACCUAAGAAACCAGCAUAUGCAGGACUUCCAAUUGACGAUUCAUCUAAUGCAUGGAUGGAUGUCAUGGAUGACGAAAUAGUAUUAUCUGAUGACGAUGAGGUUACUAAAACUGAUAUUGUUGAGAAAUCUGCACCUGAAUCAGUGGUUGUUGAAAAUAUCACAGAAUUGAUAGUACCAGUUAAGAAAGAGUCUUUGCCAGAAGAAAAACAACCAGUGGAGGAGAUUAUAACUGCUCCAGUUAAGGUUGAAGAACAAAUUACAGUUGAGCAAAAAUUAGAUGAACAACCAAAAGACCAAGUUACUACAGAAAUUACAACAGUGAUUACAACAACUACAACCAAUAUUGAAUUAGUUGAAAAAGUUCCUGAAGAACCUAAGAAACCAGCAUAUGCAGGACUUCCAAUUGACGAUUCAUCUAAUGCAUGGAUGGAUGUCAUGGACGAAGAAAUGAUUUUAUCUGAAGAUGAUGAGGUUAUUCAAACUGAUAUUGUUGAGAAAUCUGCACCUGAACCAAUAGUUGUUGAAAAUAUCACAGAAUUGAUAGUACCAGUUGAGAAAGAGUCUUUGCCAGAAGAAAAACAACCAGUGGAGGAGAUUAUAACUGCUCCAGUUAAGGUUGAAGAACAAAUUACAGUUGAGCAAAAAUUAGAUGAACAACCAAAAGACCAAGUUACUACAGAAAUUACAACAGUGAUUACAACAACUACAACCAAUAUUGAAUCAGUUGAAAAAGUUCCUGAAGAACCUAAGAAACCAGCAUAUGCAGGACUUCCAAUUGACGAUUCAUCUAAUGCAUGGAUGGAUGUCAUGGAUGAAGAAAUGAUAUUAUCUGAUGACGACGAGGUUACUAAAACUGAUAUUGUUGAGAAAUCUGCACCUGAACCAAUAGUUGUUGAAAAGAUCACUGAAUUGAUAGUACCAGUUGAGAAAGAGUCUUUGCCAGAAGAAAAACUACCAGUGGAAGAGAUAGCAAUAGCUCCAGUUAAGGUUGAGGAACAAAUUACAGUUGAGCAAAAAUUAGAUGAACAACCAAAAGACCAAGUCAGUACAGAAAUUACAACAGUGAUUACAACAACUACAACCAAUAUUGAAUUAGUUGAAAAAGUUCCUGAAGAACCUAAGAAAUCAGCAUAUGCAGCUCGUCCAAUUGGUGAGACAUCUGCUAGAUGGAGAGAUGUUAUGGAUGAAGAGGUGAUAUUAACUGAAAAUAAUGACGUUGAUGUUAAGAAAAUUAAAUCUGAUCCAGUGGUUGUUGAAAAGAUCACAGAAUUGAUGGAACCAGUUGAAAAAGAAUCUGUGCCAGAAGAAAAACAACCAGUGGAGGAGAUUAUAAUACUUCCUGUCAAGGUUAAGGGACAAAUUGUAGUUGAACAAACACGCGAUGAACAGCCAAAAGAACAAGUUGCUACAGAAAUUGCAACACUGAUUACAACAACUACAACCAAUAUUGAAUCCUUUGAGGAAAUACCAAAUGAAUCUAAUAAGCCAUCCUGUGCCGAAAUUCCAAUUAUUGAUUCUUCUAAUAAAUGGAUGAAUAUAAAGAAUAAAGAAGAUAAUUUAUUCAAUGCUUCUGGUUUUAUUAAGCCUGUUGUUAGUCGAGAAAAUGUAGUUAUUGAUCUGAUAUCAAAAGAAAUGGAAGUAGUUGCAUUGGAUGUGAAGUCUUCUCACAGUGUGACUUCGCUAUCUAAUGCUUUUGAAUUGCCUCAAUUAUCUGUUCCUUGGAAGGAAAUAACAAUGAGUUCUUCAACGACUAGUGAAGUUAAAAGUCCUGUGCAGCUGCCAGAUGUGGCUGUUUCUUAUGCUGAUAUUGUGAAACAAACUAAUAACUUUAUCGAUUUGGAGAAGAAGAGCUUACAACAGACUGUCAAAACUGAAAAUGAUGUUUUAGUGCCAAAAGUUCUUGAUAAAUAUCCUGAAGAAGACAGAUAUCAAAUUGUAGAAAGACAAAUUAAGGAGAUAUAUCAAGAAAAUGUUCCAGUCAUACCUGAGAAAGUAAGGAAACAUAAAUCAAAAAAAGACAAACGUAAAGAAAAGUUCAAUAUAUCUUCAAAUGUGGAAUUAUCAACUGCUGUAGAUGGUACUGAAGUUUCUGAUAUCACGUUACAAAUAAAUCCAGAAGAUACGUUCACAAAGAAAGUGUCUUGGUCUACAGUUGUAAGCCAAACAAUUGAAGAACCUCAAAAUAUAAAUAUUGAUAUUGAAAUAGAAAAACCUUUAGGGGAAACUCAUUUAGUUAAAAGUAGUGAAGAUACUGUUAUGACUGAAAGUACGUCAGAAAAGCCUACAUCGAAAAAACAAGCAAAGGAAAACGUUAAGAAAAAAAUUCAAAAGUUAGAUAAAUCAAAGUUACAUAAAGAUAUUAAUUCUUCCGAAGCACUGUCUGAAAUACCUGAUCCUGCUGAAGUUAAACUCACAAUUCCAAUAAAUGAAGAAAAUGAACUAAUCAAUGACUUUAAACCGAAAAUACAAUUGACUUGGUCUGAAAUAGUUUCACAGAACUUGGAGGAGCCUGCAGUUACAUUGAAACCACCCAUCAUCGAAAGCAAAGCUGAAAAACAAGUAAAAAUAGAUGUAGUUAAACCUGGGAAAGACCGCAAGAAACAGAAGCACAGUUCAAAAAGGACAGAAUAUCCUGUAAAAAUAGAAUCCACCAAAGAAAACAUUCUGUAUAACACGUCUGAAUUUGAAUGUAUUGAAAAUGUAUGUGAAAAAGAUGCAAGGAACCUAGACAUAGUUGUAGAUCUUGAGAAUAUGGAUGCUGAAAGUAAAAACAAAUUAACUAAUGUGACGACUGUAAUGGAUGAAGUUAGCCAAGAUGAUGUCAUUCCUGUAACUGAAGAAACACAGAUGUCUUGGUCAGAUAUAGUGAGUCAUACUAUUGACAACAUUGAAUUUGAUAUACCCAACAAUGAAUCAACUCAUACUGUAGCAGACCAUGAAAAAUAUAGUCAAACAGUAGAUAUAGCACUUCAACCUGAUUUGAAUAUUAUUGGAUAUAAAAAAGAUAACACUAUUGAAGAGCAAAUAUCCUCGAAGAAUAUCUUAGACCAUGAAAAAGAUAAGUUUUCAAACGAAGUUAGGUUGCCUUCAAUUUCGACUGAUUCUGUUAUUCCAGUCCAAGAGCAGUUACCAAGUAAACUUUUAUCGUGGUGUGAAAUUGUUAGUCGUACUGAAAACGAUCUUCCAGAUAAAGAUGUGAAAGACAGAAAUUCGGAAAAAAUUAAUAAAUUUAUCGAACAGGAAAGACAAUCUUAUACAUCUAAGCAAAGUCGAGGAGGAGAAAAACGAAAGGAAUUUAGUAAACCUACUAAAGAAAUUAAAUCUGAAACAUCUAAAUCACAGCCUGUGUCAUACACAAGAAUUUGUGAUGAAACUUUAAUUCAGUCAUAUGAAUCUCCACCAAAGCUUAAUGUUGAUGAUGUGAACGAAGAUCAUAGUAUAAGUAAACAACUCACUGGUGAUAAAUCAACACAACCAGAAAUAUUUACAGAUAAAUUUGACAUUUCAACGCAGGACCAAAAAGUUGUAGAUCAGUUGUCAUGGUCCGCAAUCGUAAGCCAACAUUCAUCUGAUGAAAAACCGAAUGUAAUGGAAGCGAUUCCUCAACAUAUUUCGCCUUUAGUUUCUCAGUCUAAACCAAAACGCGAAAAACAUAUUAAACCGAAACCUAAGAAAGAUAAUGAAAAAGAACUGAAGAAACCUUUAAAAUUGCAAUCGCUAAGUAAAAAAGUAAAUGAUGAACCUGAAGUGUUAAGAGAUACCAAUGCUAUACUUUCGCAUAACAUAAAGACCCAGGUUGACGAAACCACAUAUCCCGAUACACAAUUUUUACCGGAAAAGUCUAGCAAUGUGGAUAUAAAACAAUAUAUUACAACAACAUCAGAAGCUCUUACAGAACAUCCGUCUUCUAUGACGUUAUCAUGGUCUGAAAUUGUAAGUCAAAGCACAAACAAAUUUGAAGAUUUAAAUGUUAUUGAUGAUAAAACAGCAUCGAAGGAGUUUAUUUUAAAGGAACAGGAGAAAUUAAUUUCAUACCCUCACGACAAAUCUAAAAAAGACAAAUCAAAGAAGGAUAAAAAUAAGAAAAACAAAAAAGUCGUGCAAGAAAGUUCUAAUAUUGAAGUGACUCCAACAGAUCAGAAUGACCUGAAUGAAAGAAUUGUGCAAAAACUUAAACCUGAUUAUAUUUCUUCUGAAACUUUAACAGAACACACAAUUUCGCCCUGGUCUGAAAUUGUACAUCAAAGUGAAGAAGACCGUAAUCCCAUUGUUAUGGAAAUAUGUGAUAAAGAUUUAGAAUCCCAGACUGCAUUAAAACACAAGAAGAAUGAUAAGACUAGAAUCAAGAACAAGAAGCAAAUAGAACUAGAUACAGUUGAGGAUAUUAGUAAUAUUGUAGAUGUGACGGUAAAAGACAAAAAUGUUGCAGAUAAGGAAAUUAGUCCGAAGCAAGAACAUGUCAGUGUACCACCAUCAGUUUGGUCACUGUCGGAGACAUAUGCUGAGGUUGUUAAAAAAUCUGGUUAUACUGACAAUGGAAGUAUAGUUACAUAUGGAAAAGCUCUGGAGACAAAGCCGACACUUAUUUCUGAACCGGUUACAGAAAUGAAAAAAAUUGUGCCAAGUCAUGAUUUAAAUAUAUCUGAUUAUCUUGAAGCCGUUCAGGAACCAAGAAUUCAACUAGAACAAACACUGGUUUCACAACCGGCAAAAAGUACACAUUUUGUUGAGUAUGAAGUAGAAGUUAUUCAAUCAGAAGAACAACCACAACAAGAACAAUUAGAAGAACAAGUUGUACACGAUCUUCCUCUAGAAACUCAGAACUUUGAAGAUGAAAACGAACUGAACAUUCAAUCUUCACAUAAUUUAGAUUAUGGUGAACCUGUUAAAACAGAAUGGCCUGAAGAUUCUUCAUCUUUGAGUUGGAAAGAUAUGAUGGAGGAAGAGUCCAGUUGGGCUUCUAUUGUACGCAGUUUUACAACACCAGAAGUAGAGAAACUCGAUACUGAAACAUCAUUCCAAAGUAUAAAUAGACCGUCUCGCCAUACUGAACGACCAGUUAUAAAAGUGAUUGAAUCACCUGCCGUUAAUACAGAAUUUACACAGUUACCUGAUAGUGAAGGAUUUUUGGAAUAUGUGUCAAAGAUAGAAAAACAGCGAAGGCGAUCACGUUCCCGAUCUCAACAAUCAUUUUCUGAAGAAUUUAUUGAAAUAGAAGGUGAUUCUGACAAAACAAUUAGUAAAAAGCAAAGAAAACACAAGAAAAAAGAGAUAAAACACAAAAAGGAACCUAAAAUUGCAAAUACAGAAAUAGUUAUUUUGCCGACUGAUAGCCAAACAGAAGAAGAUCAAAUCGCGAUCAAGCAAGUACCUGAAGAAAUAGAAUCAAAUACUCUUGAAAUAAGCGCGCCUACAUUAAUAUCAUCUGGACUCUCUUGGGCAGAAAUUGCUGCUCAGAAUGUUCCAGAACCAAUGCAAAUAAUAAGUACUCUAGAAAGUGUUCCUGCAAAAGUAAUUCCUCUAGUGAAAGAAAGCGUUACAACUGAAGAAACAGCAUUCCAUAUUCCGCUUCAUGUGCAGACGGAACAAGUAGAAAAGCUUAAAAAAUCGAAAAAAUCAAAGCAAAAAGCAAAAUCUCAUCCAGCAUUACAAACGGAAACGGAAAAAGGAGCAACUAAAAUAAAAAAUAUCACUGUAGAAAAUACUGAAAUUAAUAUAAAAACAUCUCACAGUGCUGUACCGGAAACAGUCGAUCAAGAAAGUGCAUCUGUCAAAGACAAACCUUUUGUUUCUCAAACUUCCUAUUGGUCUGCAACAUUAAAACCAAAUUCGGAGAAAGAUGUGAACAUAAUUUCUUCAUCACCGAUAUCAACUAGCGAAUUAAUAAAAGAAAUUGUAGUACAAAUACCUGAAACGGUGGAUGAAGUAUCAGUACAGUCACCUUUAGAGCAACCAACUACAUGGUCAGCUAUAAUUCAAACAGAAUCCACAGUAUUUUCUAAACCUGUUGUUGAAGCACUUAAAGAGUUCACAACUCUCAGUGAUAAAGAUGAUAACAAUUCAUCACAAUCCACUGUUACAUUUACUUCGGUUGCAACCAAAAAUGAAGUUAUUGAACCUGAAAUUCAGGACUCGCCCAAAACUGAUACUAGUCGAGUAAAGCACGAGAAUGUCAAAAUGAAGGUAACAUUUAGUUUAGAUGAGCCACAUUACAUAAGCGAAACACUUCCGACUACAGAUGAAGUUGAAGAAAAUGCUUCAAUUUUGAUUUCAAGUCAAAGUGAUGCCGAUACUCCUGGAUUUGAGUCAUCAAAUAUUGUAUCAGAAACUGUUGAAGAUACAGUAGUUCUCGAACAAAUUCCAUUUAUUGUAUCAACUGAAAACGAUACUCAUAUACUUGAAUCUGAACCAUUAAAUAUUGUAUUAAAAAAUAUUGAAAAUACAGUUGCUCCAGACCAGGAUACAAUUGUGACUUCAAGUAAAGAUAUAGCAGUUGUCAAAGAAAUUCCAAUUUCGAUUUCAAAUGAAGGUGAAUAUGUACCUUCAAAUAUCGAAACAGAAAUAGUCGAAAUUACAGUAGCUCUUGAAGAAGCCCCAAUUUUGAUGCCAAAUAAGAGCGAUGUUGAUGCACUUAAAUCGGGACCUUCAAAUAUUUUAUCAGAUAAACUUGAGGAUACAAUAGUUUCAGAACAAAUUCCAGUUUGUAUUGAUACGGAUAUUAUAACUGAAAAAGUUGAAGACACAGCUUCCAAACAAAGUCCAAUUGUGGUUUUAAGUAAAAGUGAUGAAAAAACACAUAUAUCUGACAACUUAAAUGAUAUAACAAUAAAAGUUGAGAACAGAAAUGCUUUCCAACAGGUCCCAUAUGUGAUAUCAACAAAAAGAGAUGAUAACAUAUGUGAAUCUCAGUCUUCAAGUAUUGACUCCGAAGAAUUGUUGACGGAAACAGUUGUUCAGUUAGAUAUCAAAACUCCAACAGAUGAGACAUCAGAAAUUGAAUCUCAUAUCAUAAGCACAGUUGAGUUGCCCCAAAAACUGAUAGAAAACAUUAAGCAUGAAGUGUUACUGGUUCAAAAUGUAGAAAAGGAUGAUGACGAUUUCGUUUUUGUAGAGCCAAUUGAAAUCGAAAUUAUAAACCACGAAAUUCUUCGUAAUAAUUUGUUGUUGGAAGUUAAUCCGCUAUGUCAAAGAAUAAGAUAUAGUGAUUAUGAGUCCCAACUGAGUAAAUUAAUAGAGUUGGAAAGUCUUCAAAAAAAUACAAAGGAAACCGAAGUAACAAUACCAACUGAAACCUUAGAAGUUGUAAAUAAUACACCAUUUAAAUUGGAAAUAGAAAAAUUAAUAGAAGGAGUAAUAACGAAGAACGAUUCAAUAACACCUCCUAUUGAAGAGCAGAUAACAUCUACAAAUAUUGUAGAAGAACCUAUACAUACGUUAACUGUUACAGAAAAAAUGGAUACCUUUGGUUUGAGUGAGAGUUCGUUACCUGCGAUGGAAGAGUUUAAUAAUAAAACAAGUGAUGACGAACUUGUUGAACAAUUUAUAGUAAUAGAGCCGCGUGAUGUCGCACAAGUCAACAGCGAAAUUCUUUUACAUAAUCUAUCUUUGGAUUAUGAGAACCUUAUACAUCCACCUCACAUACAUUUUGAAAACAAAUUUGAUAUUCUAGUUAAUGCUGAACAAAAACCAGUGAUAGUUACUACGACAUCUGUUCCGACCGAUAAUGUAAAGGCAAAUUUAGAUAUUGAAACUCCUAUAGAGUCAGUAUCAUCCGAUAAAGUACAUAAAAUUCUUGAAACUGAAAUUCCUGCAGAAAUUGUUCUAUCCGAUAAUCUUAAAGAAAAAUCCGAGAUUUCCGAAAUUAAGACUCCCUCAGACUCUAUUUGCUCAGAAAAUCUACAGGAAAUUUUGCAAAUAACAGCACCUUCAGAAUCUAUUCUAUCUGUAAAAGAAACUUCAGAAAUUGUUGCAACUAAAGCUCCUUUAGCCUCUGCAUCAAUAAAUAAUCUUGAAAAAGUUUUAGAAAUGAAAGUAGUUUCAGAAUCUACUCCAUCUGAUGGUCUACAGAAAACUUUAGAAAUUCAGAAAGUCUCAGUAUCAGAAAGUCUACAUGAUUCCUCUUUAUUAGUUUGGAAUCUUAGUCAAGAUUCUCUACGCAAUCGUGCUGCUUUGCAUUUAGAAACCGCUCACAGUGCACUAGCUUGGUGUAAAUAUAUGAACCUUUUACGUGAAUCCUCUUUAGCCAAUACCAGCACAGACCUUACUAAACCAGUUAAAAUUGUUGAUAAGACUGAAACUAAUUUGAUCAGUAAUGUUGUGGAUUUUGACACUAACAUUAUUGAACCAAAACAGUUAACUGAAGAUAUUGUUAAAAAGACUGAAAUACAAAACCAAGACAAACUAAUCAUUCCUACUAAUAACGCACAAACAUCUGAGUGUCUUGCUGAUUCAAAUGAGCUUGAAAUGCAUUUAUAUCUGGAUUAUUGGCAAAUGAAUCAACCAAAUGUAGAUGCAAGUAAUGCAUAUUUUGAAACACAGAGACAGACAGAGAGCGCUCAAUUAGAAACAAAAACGGUAAUAGAACAUCUUAAAGAUACACAAAUUAAAAAUGAUGACACAUUAAAUCUAGAGGAUAACAAUGACAAUGACAAAAAUAAGAAUGACGGUGACGAUAGCGACGAUAAUGAUGACGAUGACGAUGACGACGAUGACGAUGACGGUGACGGUGAAAGUGCGAUUGUUGUAACAACAAUUGAAAAACCUGACGACGACGAUGACAACAAUAACGACAAACGGGAUCCAGGUAGUGGUAGUAGUGGUAAUGUUACGCCCACGCCAGAACAGGAUAUGUCGAAAUAUGUAACAAAUAAUAGUUGUUCUUCAGAAUACAUGUCAGCCGAUUUGCCAGGUGGCUUAGGUCAUUGGCGAGAUCAAAGUACAUAUUUAGCCUUGAAAAUAAAUGAAAAUGAACAGGUUCCUCAAAUAUCAGCUGAUAAAACUGAACUAACCACUAACGCAAUAACGCCGCUAGCAGAAACACAAGUUGCACUAAACGCUAACAAUGUUGCCAUAUUAAAUUUACCUGAAACUUUCAUUUCCAUAAAAUCUACUGAAAUUGAGCAUGCACCCCAUAUAUCUCAACCCAAUCGGGAAGAAACGAUAAAACCACUUGAAGUGGCCACCAAUAUUGCCAGAGAAGUCGUUAAUGAAGCCACUAAUGUGGCUACGACGAACGUGCCUUUAAUAACAGCAGCAGCAGGUGCAGCUGCUGCACUUUUGCUACCAUUAGCAGCUGCUACGAAUUUGGAUGUGAUAACAUCAAAUACCAGUACACCUCCAGCAGCAGAAGCAACAAGUAUAGAAGCAACUAAUCAGGCAACAACAGAAAAUUUAACUCCUAUAACAAACAAAACCUAUAUGACUACAGCAGCAACAACAACAACAGAACAAAUAAAGCCAAUACAAGAACCAAUUGGGAUAUCAACAUCAACAAUAUCAUCAUUACAAACAACAACUCCAACAUUAUCACCAUUAUUAUCAUCAACAUUACCAUCACCAUCACCAUCACCGACACAAUCAUCAUCAUUAUUAACUUCAUCACCAUUUAUUACAUCAACAACAGAAACCAUAACAGAAUCAUCAAGCAAUACUGAAAUAAUUGAGGAUGUAGACAAAGAUGAACCACAUUCAGUAACAAACCUUGAAUUAGAGAUAAUAGAGAAACCAGCUGUUAACCUAUUAGCUACAGAAUAUUCAGGACAUGAACCAAGAGAUUUUACUACUCCUGCUAGUGUAGUCUCUGUACCUGAACGAGAAAUAAAUAUCGAUGGACGCACAACAACAACAACUACAAUAAUCACCACUACAGUUACAACUUCAACUGGAACGACAACACAAACAGUGACAUUAAAUAAUCAACAAGGACAACAAGAGCAACAACAAGAGCCACAACCACAGCCACAGCCACAGCAGGUCGAGCAAUUGCAGCAACGGCAGCAACAACAAGAGCAGAAGGAAUUAUUAACAAUUGAAAUCGAUGAGUUACUUCAAUCGCUUUCAACAGUCGAAGAUGGCAUCACUAAUUUACCGCAAAGUAGCCUAGAUGGAAUGCUGCAAGGACUCAAGCUAAUCCAAGAGAAUCUAGAGUAUCAAGAGAAGGAAGCACAAAGACUAAACGAAUUAAGCCGUAUAUUGCCUACGGAUCCAGCCUCUGAACGUUUGCUGAACGAUAUUAAAGAUCGCAUUGAUAUUCUACUAAGACGCACACAACAGGGCAUUACAUUAAUUGCUAGCGCCAUUCAUGGGCAGAAGAAGCGUCAAGAUGAAUUGAAUGCCUAUCAAUUACACUUAAUUGAGAUUGAAGAAUGGAUAAUUGAGAUAUCAAAGGAACUGAAAUCAUUCGAACCAACUGCUGAUAGCACAAAUGAUGAAAGAGUACUUAAAGGACAAGUCGAAAGAAGUCAACAGCUUUUACGCACUCUUAAGGACAAACAACAAUCAUUGCAAGAAUUGCUCGAGAAAACUCGUCUCCUAGAAUCACAUGACGAUGUCGCUCCUUUAGCACAAGCGCUUGUCGAGCAGCUACAAAAUAUCAUUAUUUUACUCCGUGAACAAAUCACAAUAGCAACAACCAGAAUUUUUACCAUUGAAACCAAAAUUGUUGAGUUGCGUAAAGCUAAACAUGAUGAAGAGCAACGUCUGCGUAUAUUAGCUGAAGAGCAAAUAGUACCACCUAUAGCCAAUAUUACAACAUCCGCAUCACCACCAGCACCAUCAUCAAUAGAAACGCGAACGCACGAAUCCAUGGAAUCAAAUGAUAAUACUAUUGAUUCGGCUUCUAUGCCUGAAGAAGAAGUAAAACCAAUUGAUGCUCCCAUAACAGCAAUUCAACCCAUUGAGAAUAUAGCACCACAAACGGAAAUGUUUACUGUUGAGACACAAACCUCUGAGAAACUUGAAAAGCCUGUUGAAGUAAAGACUACAACUGUAGAAGCUCAAACAAGUCUUACAAGCGAACCACCGGCUAUGUUGGUUCCUGUAGAAACAACUGAGGCUUCUAUGCAAACUCAAAAAGAGAAAAAACCAACAGAGAAUAUAACAGUUACGCAAACGAUACAAGCUGGACAGGAAACAAUACAAAUUGAUACUACACUUAACAAGGAUAUACCUGAGAUACCAGAAGAAGUACAAAUUGAAGCUCGUUAUCAUCAAAAACCGCAAGGUGACAUUGAUCGUGCGACUGAAUUAGUAUUAAAGAAUGUGCCUCAAUCAUUUGAGACCACUUUUGUUGAGCCCGAUGCAACUACCACUGAAGUAGUAGUUGAUCCGGAUGGUACUAAACAUAUUGUGGUGAAAAAGAUUACUCGAACACUUCACCAAAUAGUACAAAAACAGAGUAUUGAAGAGUUGCCCGAAAAUGUCGAAGUCAGCACAACCACAGAAGAUGAUAAAAAUAGUGGUGCAAGCUCCACAGCUGUUGUCGUACAAGAGUUUGAAACACAGCCAGUUGUCGUUCAAGAAGAAUUUGUACAAGGAGUACCAUUAAACGCUAGUGAAAUUGCGUAUCUAGAUCAAUUGAAUAUUCCUCCCACGGGCGAGACUCAAACUAGUAGUAUUCGCGCAGUUGUUCAGCAAGUGACUCGUAAAAUUAUACGUAAAAGCCGUAAAAUCAUCAAACGUAUUGUCAUUAUCAAUGGAGUAGAGCAUGUGACUGAAGAAGUUAUUGAAGAACCUGAAGAGAUUGAAGUUACUGAAGAAGAAAUGCCACCACAAAUUAAUGUUAAUAUUGUACGUACUAUAAACGGUAAAGUUGUAACUGAUGAAGAGUUUGAACGCCUAACCAAGCAACCAGGCGUCAUUAUUGAAGAAGUUGCGCAUGAGGAGGACUGGAAAGAGACACAGGGUCAACCUCAGGUUGGUGAAACUGACCCGACACAGGUAUUUGAUAUUGAAACUUCUAUCAUCACCACUACACAAACACAGCCAACAACAAAUAUAAAAACAACAACAACAACAAAAAGUAUUGUAACAAGUGAAGCACCUGUAGAUUUGAUUAGUCCUCUCGCACCUGAAGUAGAAGUUGAAAAAUUUGUUGAACCUGUAGAUAUUGCUACAAGUCCUGUUCAUGUUACAGUAAUAGAUCCCGUUAAAAUUGAUUUGAUUGACGAAACUAAAUUACCACACAUCUCACCAGCAAUAGAAACACAAAUUGUAACCACAACAUAUGUACAGAAAAAUGAUGAACCUGAAUCGAGAAAAGCUGUUGAAAAUAUUACCGAUAUAUGGCCAACUGAACAUCAUUUGGAGCCAAGCAAUAUAGAAAUUUCACAACACAGAGAUGAAACAAUUACGCCUGUUAUUGAAACAAUUACUCUGCCAGAACAAAUAGAAUUAGUCGAGCCCAUAUGGCCAAUUAGUGAGGAAACAGGCUAUCCAGUAUCAUUAGAUAAUUAUGAAUUUGAAAAACAGGUUUCGCUUUCUCAAAUCCCUGAUGAGCAACAAGUUGCUUUACCAGAAGACAAAGUUGACACUACGACUACUAUCACUGAAAUUGUUGAAAAAAUAUUAACGGAAUCGAAAUUGGAAUCAGUUGAACCAAAAGUUGAAUAUUUCACAGAAUCUUUUUCAAAGCCGCCAAUUGAAUCAGAAAUUGUAGACAUUAAAGAACCUGUGGAAGUUGAAGAAAUCGUUGUAGUCCCAGAAGACAAAGCACAUACUACUGCCACUAUUACUGUUGAAUCAAUAUUAAUAGAGCCAAAAUUAGAAUCAGACACGUCUGUAAUAGAAACCAUUUCACAAGUUCCAAGUGAUUUACAAGUAGUUGUUGAUGAAAAAGAAGAACAUCGUGAACCUGAAAAAAUACCAAAAGAUGAAAUUCACACUACUAGCACAGUAAUUGUUGAUACAAUAUUACAAGAAAUAAAAUCGGACACACUUGAGCCUAAAGUUGAAUAUUCUACAGAAACUGUUUUAACGACUCCAGCUAAAUCACUAAUUCCUGACAUCGAAGAACCCUCAGAUGAUCAAAAAAUCAUUUCAGCCCCAGAAGACAAAGUACAUACUACUGCCACUGUAACAGUUGAAUCAAUACUAAUAGAACCAAAGUCAGAAACAGAUAAACCUAUAGUAGAUACCAUUUUAUCAGUUCCAAUAGAUUCCCAAAUCGUUGAUGUUAAAGAUGAAAUAGAACAUCAUGAACCCGUAGAAAUGUCAAAAGAUGAAAUUUACACUACGAGCGCAGUAAUUGUUGAUACAAUAUUACGAGAAAUAAAACCGAAUAUACUUGAGCCAGACUAUUCUACAGAAACUGUUUUAACGAUACCAGCUGAAUCACAAAUUCUCGACAUCAAAGAACCUACCAAAGAUCAAGAAAUUGUUACAGUCUCAGAAGACAAAGAUCAUACUACUGCCACUAUAACAGUUGAAUCAAUAUUAAUACAACCAAAUUCAGAAACAGAUAAGCCUACAGUAGACACCAUUUCAUCGGUUCCAAUUCAAUCACAAAUCGUUGAUGUUAAAAAAGAAACAGAACAUAAUGAACCAAUACCGAAAGAUGAAAUUUACACUACAGCCACUAUAGUUGUGGAAACAAUAUUACAAGAGUUAAAACCAGAUUUAGAUAAGGCUGAAGUUAAACAUUCGCAAGAAACAGUAAUUACUGAUGAACCUUCCCCAACAGUAGGUAUAGAAUCUCAAAAUAAAUUAGAAGCGAAAACUGAACCUAAGGAUGACAAUAAAUUAUUCAAUACUGAAAUCCUAAAAGAGCAAGAUAUAAAGCCUAAACAAGAUAUUCGUUCCAUCACGAAGCUUUUCAUCUCUGAGGAAGCCGCUGCAGGAAAUAUUCCGGUACAACCAAAAUCGUUUACAGUUACUGCUCCUUCUAUUGAAGAUAAUGGCUCCGGUGUGUUGACAGUAGUGUUAAAACCUGAUGUGCAAGAAACUUCUGUCUCUGUGCACACACCUAAAGUAAGCAUGAGCAUAAUUGAGGUUGGGGGUCAAGAAGAUGAUCGAAAAGAGGUGCCAACUGAUACUAAUCGAAGUCGAAAGAAAAAGAAAAGAAAAGAUGCACAAUUAGUACCUGUUGAAAAACCAGAAAUUAUACCAAUUAUAGAACCAGACGUUGUGCCUGUCGUGGAACCCGAAAUUGUUCCUGUAGAGGAAACAGUUACUGUGCCAAUUCCGAGUGCAAUUUCAGUUUCUGAUAUUGAAAUCGAAUCUCCUAGAGAAACAGGUUAUGAAGCUGACCAUUUAACGCAAGAUGCAGAUGAUGUAAACAAAGUUAAAAAGCCACAAAGAAAGAAGAAGAAAGCUAAAGUUAAAAUAAUAGAAGACGAGGAGUCUUAUACUGUUGCGUCAUCUGAUGACACACCUCGAGAUGUUGAAUCAUUGAGUUUAGAUUCUGAGGGAAAAAUUCAACAAGAAGUCAUUGCUGAAAUAAGUCCUGAAAGUGAAGCAACAAGUUUUGAAAAUGAUACAAUAAUUAAAGUGAUAGAAGAAUCGGUUAUUUCCACAGAUUUUCAAUCUCCUUCUGAACCCAUUAAGGAAAUUGUCAUACCCACGGAAAUUGUUCAACUAUCAUAUGUCGAAGAUGCUCAACAACAAACAACACCACGAAAUGAGCCUGAAGUCGCUGAAAAAGAACUUGAAAUUGAAACCAAUGCGCAAUCUGUGCAAACUUCUCCCGAACAUCGUCCGCAAAAGGAAGAAAUAUCUCAACAGACAAGCUUGGAACCUUUACCAGAAAAUCGUGAAAUAGAGUCUCAAACAAUUAUGAUUGAGGUAGUGGAAAGUGAAGUUCAAACAACGCCAAUCAUUGAAGCAACUAUAGAAGAAGAUCAUAAACACGAUCCAGAAAUUGAAAUGGUCACACAGCAAAUACAAACGGACGACCAAACUAUUGAGCUCCCACAACCACAAAUUCAAGAUAUUCCUAAAACUGAAGAUAUUUCAGUUCAGACGAUUAUUGUAACUAGAACUGAGCGAGAAACUGAAACAACACCAGUUGUAGAGAUUGCCGUUCCCGAAACAGUUGACAUUGUUGGUUCACUGGCGAAAGAGUUGAUAACUGAUGUUGUUUUAAAUAUACCAGAAAAAGUGAUACCUACAACCACCCAAUCAACAGGAACAGAAAUUACCCCCACUCAAGAAACUUUUGUUCAAACUGUAGAACAAGAACAGCAACCAGAAGUUCCAAAAUCUACUGAACCAGAAAUCUUGCCAUCAAUACCAGUUGAAACUUCUGAUCAGCAAACACUAACAGAGUCGGUUCAAAUCAAGGAUAUAGUUACGCAAACAUCACCAGAGCCUAUCUCCUUAGAACCACUCACUCACGAUGAUUUGUCAUUGACCACUACAUCGCUUUCUGAACCUUAUAAUAUUGAAAUUCAUACAACAGUUGCAAUUCCAGCAGACACUGAUACAUCUGAAAUUGAACCCGCUGUAUAUGAAUAUACUCAAACUGUGGAAUUACCAAAAUCACAGAAGAAAUUUAAAAAAGGAAAAAAAUCGAACAAAGCGGAUGAUGACAGUGUCGUUGAUGAUGGUAUGGAACUGCCAGAAGUUAAUCUCAGCGUUGAAAUUGAUCAAUUUGGUGUGCCUGAACCUAGCGUUGUGGUUAAUACAAAUCAAAACUUUUUAGAAUCAGAACGUAAUUUUGCUGAUCAAGCUGUGACUCCAGAAAGGAAGCCUCAGUUAGUUCAAUUGGAAAUCACAAAAACCACGGUCUAUGAAGAAUUUCCAAAUACCCCAAUUCAUGUAACUGAACAAAAUAAAGUUAGCAUAUCAGCUCAGCAAAAUAGUAAACCGCGCUCAAGACCUACUUCAUCUGUUAUGAUUGAAGAAGUUACUUCUCCAAUUGAAGAGAUUGCCGUACCAAUUACUCCAGGACCUGAUAAAGAGCUUCCUCAUAGUGAUGAACAUAUUUGGCCAACAACUACUGCAAAUAUAUCUUUGGAACGAUCUCCAAAAGAUAUGUCAGAGGCAAUGAUAAUGUCUGAAAGUCUAUUACAUUAUCCAGGUCAGAGGCAGAUAGUUACAACUACAUUAGAAUCGCCAACAGCUGAUAUUUGGAGGGAAACAAAACAAGCCAUAGGUGGUAGAAUUAAAAAUUUGAAGGAGACCACACCUCAACAGACCUCACUGAGCAAUGUGCUUCACUUGGCUACUUUAUCAGAUCAAAUAAAAGAAGUUCCUGUAGAGCAACGUUUACAGGAAAUAAAUGAUAAUUUAAGUCAACUAAAAGAUGCCAAGGAACAAGGUAAUCCAGUCGAAAUACAAAAAACAGUUGUAACAAUCAUAAGAACUGUCUCGACAUGGCUGGAAACUAUUGAGUACCGCGUAUACUUGAUAAGACAGCAAUCAAAUGAAGGGCCUUCUGAGGAAAAAAUUGAUGACUACAAUAAAUUGAAUGAUGAACUGAACUCCAUUAAAGAAAACAUAAAUGUACUUCAAUCCGAACUUGCCGAUACAAAUGAAGUUAACGCACCAGAAGUAAUACAGUGUAUUGAUAAGCUCAACGAGCAUAUUAGUGCAGUUGAAGAUGUCACGAAGGAUAACCAAGCUCAAGACACAAAAGAUCUGGAGAAAUGGAAUAAUUAUAUUACACUUGUGCAACGCAUUAACAUAAUAUUGGAAGAUUUGCAAGAGCGUUAUGAUAUCAUUUCAUCGCAGGAAAGCACGUUAAAUACAAAAUUAACGUAUUUGGAUGAAAUGGAAGCACAAAAUGCUGAAGCAUCGGCAAACAUUUCUCAACUGAUGCAAAAUGCACGAGCACUGCAACGAGACUUCCCAGGCAAAAAAGUCCCUCAGGACAUUUACAAUUGCUACGAAACCUGCAAGAACAUUGAAAAUAGUAUCGUAGCAGAACGAGACCGCUUGCUUCAAUUACAAUCCUUAUCUGAAGAAUAUGAGGAAACAUUGAAAGAGUUCACAAACAUAACAGUCGUUGCUGAUAAGCUUGUUGAGAGUCCACUUGUUUCUAGUACAUUAGAACAAUUAAAUCAUGAACUUCAGAAGCAUCGUAAGUUCUUUGUUAACUUAAGUCACUGUCACGCUAUACUGGAGUCUCUUGAAGAAAAUAUUGAUGCAGAAACAAGAGAAAAGCAUUCAGAACUGCACAAGGAACUGUAUAAUCGUGCAACAGUUCUUCUAGAAAAAGCAUCAGAGCGUUCUUCAAAACUAGUUCAAGCUGCAUCUCGUUGGACCGUUUUAGAGAAAGGAAUGAAAGAGGAAUUGCAGUGGUUACAAGUGGCACAACAGCGUGUCCCAGACUUAUCAGCCGUUACAUCAGUUGACUAUGACCAGUACACUCGUUUAUAUCAAUCCCUUAGCACUGACAUUUCUCAUCACUAUGUAAAAAUGACUCAAAUGUCCAAUAUUGCCAAUAAGUUGCAAGGCCUUGUACAGGCACCCAAUCUUGUUGAGGAAACUAAUGAAGCUUUAAUUGUUCUACUCAAAUUGCGAGAGGAGGUAUCAUUAUAUUUGCAUCGUUUGCUCGUAUUCAAAGAAAUUUGGACUCAGUACGGAAAUCAAACCAUUAAAAUGGAAUCGUUCUUGUCAGAAGCGGAAAAAGAACUUCGUAAAAUACAAUUACCAGAAGAUCUUUCAGAACAGCCGAUUGAGCACAUGCGACAAUUUUGGGAAGUUAAAGCACAUUUCGAAAUGAAUAAUAACGUACGCAAUGAAGCUAGCAAUAGUUUUGAGAAGGCAUUGCAAAUGUUGCCGUUAGCCGAUGAAGUACUACAACGACAAUUCCAUGCACAACUCGAAGAUCGUUGGCAUGAUGUAGCACAAACCAUUGAGAAUAUUCAAAGUACCAUUAUGAGUAGCUUUUCAUCGCAUGAUAUGCCUGCAGAUGAAAAACUAAAACUAAUCGAACGUGAGCUACAGGAAAUUUAUUUGACAAUGACAAGCAUGAAAGGGGUCAUUAAAAAUGAAGAAGAGCUAUGUUUAUAUAUUGAACGAAUUCAAGUGCUACGCACACGUGUUGGUUUCAUUUGUAACGAAUUGGGACGUGUGGGAUUGCAAGAACCCGCAACUAAACCAGAAAAAGUUGGUGAACUAUUCGCGCUUUCGCAUAAAAUCACAACUCAAAUUGCUGAAGAACUUGAGGGAGCUUCUGUUUUACACGAACAGUUGAUCGCCAUACAAGAAGGUAUCAAUAAUUUACGAAAACAUCAAACAAAGAUAUCUGUCGUAUUGGACGAGUGUGAAAAUGCCGAAAAGUUGGGUAGCGAAAGUAUUGAGAAAGCUGUACUAGACUGUCAAACAGUUGGCGAAGAUCUCAUUAGUAACUGGCAGGAUAUUAUGAAGCUACGGCAAAUGUUGCACACUUUGCCAAUGCGUCUCAAGAUGUCAGUUUCACCAGUUAAAUUGGAACGUGACAUUUCACAACUACAGGACGAUCACGCCUUCCUCGAAAGCAAAUGUACCAAUAUAAUGACAAUACUACGCAAUCGAUUGGCGUUGUGGAUGCGCUACGAACGGCAGCUGGAAUUGGUGCAUGAUUCCGUUCAAGAAACCGAUUUUAUGAUGGAACUUUUGAAGGUACAUGGCCAAGUUGAUUACGAGCGUUUGAGAAAGGCAACAGAACGACUUGAGGGAUUGGCUGGAGAUCUGCAAAGCCGUCAGACUUUACUUGAAGAUUUGAAAUUAUCUGCUAAACCCCUUAUCGAAACUUGUAAUGUUGAAGUUGUCGAACAGAUUGAAUCUGCAGUGCAAGAAGCAGUAGUCGCUUGGAAUGAUACUUCAGAAAACUUACAGAGUUUGUGUACGCGUUAUCAAAGAGCUGUUGAACUCUGGGAUAAAUAUCGAGAUGCAUCAGCUGCUGUGAAACUUUUUAUUGAUCAGCAAAUGGAUACCAUCAAGAAUUUGGAACAACCAACAGAAUCUUUACAGCAUGCCAAGGUCUACCAAGAUAACUUGAAUGAGCAAAAUAAUCGUUUGACAGAAUUGCGUGAUAUUGUCUCAAAGAUUGCUUUAGAUGUUGGCUUAGAUGCCUCAAGUCUUAUGCAAGGUGAACUCGAUGCGUUAGGUCAACGUUUACAAAGCUGUAAGGAAACUAUAACUGCAUUGGCUAAUGCUGCUGAAGCACAAAACCAGGAACGUAAAGAAAUCGAGGAGAACGUCAUGCAAGCCAAACAACUCUUCCACAACGUCCACCAGGAUGUAUCUCGUCAACCACAAACAGCGAAAGACAGCGAGCAGCAGCUUGCUGUUUUACGAACUCACCUAGAGACUUUGGCUCAUACUGAAGAGCAAUUGAAACAUCUGCGUGAACGAAACAUCGAUAAUGCAGCAGCGACUAAUACCAACUAUCAAGAGGAUGCAUCAGUUUUAGAGGUGCUUGAAUUGUGGCAGAAAAUAUUCCAGGAUACUUUCCAAGAAUAUCAUCGUCUCUCCUCGCUGCUGGUACGCAGUCAAAACAGCACUGAAGCACUUAAACUGUGGCGUCAAUAUUUACAGCAUGUGCAAGCUUUCCUUUCGUGUGCCAUACCAGAAGAUUAUACUAGUCUCCGUGAGCAACAGUAUCUCUGUGAAAUACAUCAAAAUUUAUUGGUUUCACAACAAAGCGUACUGUCGUCACACACAGCCACCGAAGAACAAUUAGAUGCAGGAAUCGUCGAACAAUUCAAGGCUCUUACCAAUAUGCAUAAUGAAACGUUGUCACGCAUAAUGCAACGCAAUGCUGAGCUUGAACGUCGUAUGUCUGCUUGGCACACAUAUCGUCAAGAUUUGUCGGUCCUACUUGAUUGGUUAAAGGAACGAGAAAAGGAACGGUCACGUUUAGAGUUACGUUAUAUACACUUAAAACAAAUUCCACGUCAGAAUCAACGUCUUAAUAUGCUAUUGCAACAGCUACCUGAAGGUGAGAAAAUGGCGUGCAAAUUAAAAGACCAACAACAACAAUUGUUGCAGUUCUGUGAUAACGCCUUAGCUACAUCCAUACGCAUGGAACACUCAAGUGUGUCUCAGCGCAUUAACAAUUUGAAGGCUGCUUUGCAAACGUGGUCAGGAUUUUUAUCCAAGAUUUCCCAACUGUCCGAUACAUACGAAGAAAAGGUUUCGCAAAUUCAAAGCGAUUUUGGUAACGUUCAACAGAUUAUUGAGGAGUGCUCUGUCAAAGUGCCUACAACUGCGAACGACAUUCAGGAACGUGUUAGUAGUUUGCGUGGACAACGUAUACGACUUGCAAGUCUGACGCAGGAUAUUGAGAAACUUAAUGUUACCCAAGAGGAGUUAAAGGAGUGUAUAAGUCCGCAUGACAUGAAAUCGAUACGUCAACAAAUAUGGAUCUUAUGGCAACAACAUGCUGAUCUCGACUAUCAACUCUCAACACUCAUUAGUUCCAUUGAAGAACGUUUAUCGCUGCAAGCGAAUUUCAAUUCACGUUAUGAACGUAUUUCUCAGUGGCUACAGAACUUAGAACAUCGUAUAGAACGUGAGUCAGACAUUUCUGCUAUAGCAAAUCCUGAGGAUGCUGCCAAGCAAUUAGAGAAACAAAUCAAUUCUGAAUUACAGUUGCGUGAAAAGGAUCGCGAGUGGUUGCUCACCACAGGCAGCGAAUUAAUAUCCUUACAUGCCGAUUUAAAUACGGACCAUGCUAAUAGUAUAAAAGCAGAAGUAUAUGAGAAGUCUAAUAUGCUCGUAGAUCGUUGGGAGAAACUAAAGACUCUUUGCAAGCAACGUUCAAGUAAAAUUAAUGAUCUGAAAGUAACGCUAAUGCGUCUUGAAGAGCGUAUCGCACUAAUACGUACCUGGAUGUUUGAAGUAGAAACAGAGUUAGGCAAACCGCUAACGUUUGACUCAUAUAAACCACAAGUAAUUGAAACGAAACUGAAGGAACAUGAAAAGAUACAACGAUCAAUUGAACAUCACAGCAGCAAUGUUGGUGAAGUUCUAAAUCUCGUUGAUAUGCUUUUGAACGAUUCUGAUACAUGGCGUACUCAUGUGAACACUUCAAAUUUGGCCGUUUCUGCACAGAACCUAGAAAAACGGUGGAAGAAUGUCUGUAGUCAGUCCAGUGAACGUAAGCAUCGUAUACUUAACACUUGGAGUUUACUGCAACAGCUCAUUAAACUGACAACUGAACACAAAGAUUGGUUAGCAAAACAAGAAAGUGAAAUAUCGGAACUAGAACGGAAUUUGAAAACAUUAUCCAAAGAUCAAAUUAUUGAUCGUCAACAAAAAAUAAAAUUAAAACUAGCGGAACUAUUCAACAACCGAGAACAGCUUCAACAACUGGAGCAAGCAUAUGCCAAACUUAAUUCCAGUCAUGGCAUUGAUCCCGAAAACAUACAAAAGCUGACAAUGCCGACCAAGACUAUGUUGAUCAAAUGGAAGCAACUAGUUCCACGCUGUAAUGCCAUCAUCGAUGUAAUCGAUGAGGAUAUGAAAGUGUAUCGUGAGUUUGACAAUGCACAAAAUGAAGCUAUGCAGUCGCUAACAGCUAUACAAAACGAACUCGAUAGACUAACAAGCGCGGAUGUAAACAAUCCAAGUGAACUUAAGUCUGCGCUAAGCCGUGUAGAAAGUCUGGAACGAAAGUUUAAGGCAAGCAAUGAUAAGGUAGAAAAUGCAGAUAAAUUAGCUGAAAAAGCAAAAUCGAAAUUGAAGAAAGAAGAUGUAGCAAAAAUAGCUUUGCUCAUCACUCAAUAUACGACACUUUGGCAACAACUUCAAACCCGUAUAGUCACAAUCAAAAAGGAUUGGACUGUACGUGCUGCAGCUGCUGGUGCUGCAGCUGCAGGUGCAAUCGGUGGUGCAGUUUCUGAAGCUAUAACAGCGACUCGCUCGAAAGAGUCCGAAGCUGGAGUGCAAGUAAAUACUCUGUCGAAUCGUAAAUUGCGCAAGGCUCAAAUGCAACGUGAGACAUCAAUAACAGCUAAAGAUGCAUACAUAAUGGAACUUGAGACUGCUAUUAAAGAAUGUCAAGUAAAUCUAGAUAAUUUAAUGCGAACGAUAUGUGAUAAAACACGAAAACCAGGCCCACAAACCAUUUCAAAACUUAUUAGUAACGCCCAAUCUUCUGUGGAAUUAGUAAACCAUCUGAGUAAAAUAUUGCAAACAGAAUGUAAUGCCGAUUCGAGAGAAGCACAAACUGAUACAGUGUCUGAAUUAACAUUGCGAUUCAAUACAUUGCAGUCGCAGUGGAAGGCACGUCAACAACAGGAUCAGGCCAGAGGAAGUGAGAUUGGUCGUUUAACUUGCCCACUUUGUACGCAACGCAACUGGCAACAAAUAGACAAUGAUCUUUGGCGUCUAGAACAAUGGUUGCAAUUUGCUGAAGGUACGCAAAAAUCGCAAAGCACACCGCCAUCCAAUAUUGAAUUGUUGGAAGAUGUUGUGCAGGAUCAUCGUGAAUUCUUGCUUGAUCUGGAAAGUCACAAAUCAAUAAUUUCAUCACUGAACGUAGUAGGUGAUCAUUUGGCUACACACACACUUGAUACAGAAAAGGCACGCCAAUUACGUGAUCGACUCGAUGAAGAUAACACACGUUGGAAUAAUGUGUGCAUAAACGCAACUAAAUGGCAAGGCCUAUUACAAACUGCUCUUAUGGGCAAUAGCGAAUUCCACCAAAUCAUUGAUGAACUAUGCAAUUGGUUGCAACAAACCGAACAAAGUAUUAAAGCUUCCGAACCAGUUGAUCUAACGGAAGAUCGUGCCAUACUCGAUGCCAAAUUUAAGAAAUUCAAAGAACUUCGUGGUGAAUUGGAACGAUGUGAACCACGUGUGGUGAGUUUGCAGGAUGCCGCUGAUCAAUUGCUUAGAACGAAUGACGGUUCGACGGAGGAAUCAACUCACACCUACAAAAGGUUGACGGACUUGUGUCUACGUCUUCAAUCCUUACGUCGCUUGGCUGGCAUUUACAUAGUUAAGUUGGGAGCGGUGCUGGGUUACAAUGGUGAAAACCUAGGAGUACCAUUGCAUGUGCUAUCGAACGAGCUUUUGGAACAAACUUUAUCUACAUUACCUUCUACAUCUUCUUCUAUGCAGGCUGCCGCACCAAACACUGAAAAUGCAAACACAACCGAAGGCGAUGUUGCCGAUGGAGAUGUACUCAACACUACAGUGCUUGCUCGCGGUGCUCGUUUCCUAGGGCGGGUUGCGCGUGCGUCUUUGCCCAUACAAGCGCUCAUGUUGCUGUUACUGGGUGUUGCCACACUUGUGCCCCACGGUGAAGACUACACCUGCAUGUUCUCGAACACAUUCGCUCGCAGUCUGGAACCAAUGCUGUCCUAUCCAAAUGGUCCACCACCAACAUAAACAGAACUAAAAAUACAGAAAGCCAUAAGCCUAAAAUUAUUCUAAAUUCUAAACUCAAAUCAACAAUAUUUUCGAUCAAAUUAUACAUAUAGCAUAACGUAUAUAGCAUAUAGAAUAUAUCAUGCAUAUAUACAAUUAAUUUCCGCCUUUUCAUUAAAUGUACAAAUAAAAAAUUAAUCAAUAUAUAAUAUAUAUACAUAUAAAAAAACUAUUAAAUGUAAUGAUGAGUUGGAAGCCGUAUUUCUAUCGUAGUGUUAUAGUAUCUGCACGGCAAACUACACUAUCAUUUUUGUAAUGCUUAGAUAGUUUUUUAAACAAAUGAUAUAUCAAAAUUUAAAAUCAUCCUCAAAUAGUUUUAAAAAUUGUAUCGAUUUAACGAAUAAAACAAAUUAAAAAAAAAAGAAAUGAAAACACACAGACAGAAACACAAAUUUAUAUAUACAAAAAAAAUACAAAAAAAUAUUUAAAAAAAAUUAUACAUACAUUGUAUCAAAAAAAUGUAUCUACGAAAUGGACACUUCAGCCAUUGACGAUGAAUAUUUUUAGUUUUUAAUUUUUUAAGUGUGAUAAAACCAACAAAAAAAAAAGUAAAUAAUAGGUUGCUGAACCAAAGCGUAUUGCACAACGAAAUACCGACCAUGACCCGAAUAUAGAAACUACUAUUCUAUACCACACAAACACCCCCAUUUCUCCCGUCAAAAAUCAAAAUUUUGGUAAGCGUUUCAAGGCUGUAAAAUUUUAAUCUCCCAAAAAUAAAAAAAAUUUUACAGACGGCUUCAAUGCUUUCCAAACGUUUGAGAUAUAAUUGCCGUUUCAUUUAAAAUUCAAAGGUCUCAGUUUUUGCAGGUUUUUGGGUUUCGGAAAAUCUCUCCAAUUUCGAAAUUCGAGCUUCUUAAACUUUGGCUGACCUUUCAACGCAAAAUUCAUAACGAAAAAAAUGAGAAACAUUCCUUUCUAUUUAGACGCUGUCGCUUUGAUUCAGCGACUCGAAUAUGCAGAUAUUUAUUAAAAACUGAAAAAUAUUUAAUAAAUAAUUAAUUAUAAAUAAACUUCUAUUUAUAUACACAUAUAUGUAUACAAAUAAAUAUAUAAUAUAUAAAAAAAGGUUAAAUAAAAUAAAGAAAUGGAAAGUAAAGUGUCCUAUGCUUUGGUCAAAGCAAGAAUUAAACGCCUUCAGCUACGAAGAGAAAAGAUAUUUUGUUAAAAAUUGUAUAAAAUUAAGUAAAACAAAAAAAAUUAAAAAAAAAUUAAAAAAAA